AUGUACUGUAAGUCCUGGCCAAGCGCCUGGCCGCUCCCUGCUGCUGCUGCUGCCCCCUCUUCCCCCCUCCAACCCCCAAGGAUUCUUCAUCCUCACUCCCACCACUAACCAGCUUCCUUCUUUUUCUGACUUUGCAGGGCUACGCUGCGCUCUUCCCUUGGUGAUGCUGCUGGGGGCCAGCCCUAGAAGCCUCAGCACAGGUAGGGAAACUCUUCCACCACCAUCACCACCACCAAGAACACCUGCAAGCUUUUGCAGCAAACAGCUUGUGCCAGUGAGACCUUGGCAGUGUGGGUGAGAGACACACACAGAGAGAGACUAGGCACGAAUGUGUGCCCUGAGGUCUCUGAGGUCAGUGGCACUGGUCAUUCCUGGGUGGCUGUGAGAGAGCUGCAGUUGUUGGUCUGCAAAAGGCAAGGAUGACACCCUCCCUCCCUCUGCUAGCCAGAUUCCUAGGGUGAGCAGGAGGGAAUGGACUUCGUUUCCAUAGGCUUCUCAGAGGUGUCUGGCUGACCACUGUCAGAAACAAGAUACUGGGCUGGGGGUGGGGGAAGGGUUGGUCUGAUCCAGCAUUUCUUCCCCCUUGCGUUUUUCGGGAUGGGAAUUUGAUUGGAACCAGGUCUUUGCUACAGAAGAGCUCCGCUGCAGAAUAAGCAGGAGAGGUUGUACUUUCACACAUCCUGAAUUAGGAAGCAAGAGGCUCCAGGGCAUGAAUAUCUGGCAAAGAGGCAGGGGUUGCUUCUGAGAGGUGCUUGGCUUAGUUGUGUGGACUGGAGACCAGGCUCAGAGGAGAUAGCGCAUCCAUUUAGGCAGUGGCGUAGCGUGGGGGGUGCAGGGGGGGCCAGCCGCACCGGGCGCAACAUCUGGGGGGGGCGCUCGCGCUUGCAGCUCUCUGCCCCUACCUGGCUCACUCACUCUCUCUCACUGCAGUGCUGGCUGUGCGAAUCCGAUCCGAGCCGCUGGGUCGCCACCCACUGUGGAGGGGGUGGGUGCCAGGCGUGCGGUGUGGAGAGAGAGCGAGGGACUAUCUGGGGGAGGGACAGUGCAGCGGCUGCCCAGCGCAGCGCUGAGCGCAGGAGAGAACCACACAAGACCAGCCCAGGCAGCAGCAAGAAGAAGCUGGCAGAGGCGGCAGGUUAGGGGUUAGGGGGCGCAAAUUACUUGCCUUGCCCCGGGUGCUGACAACCCACGCUACGCCGCUGCAUUUAGGUGAGCCCUCCUUCACCUGGUGCCCGGGGACUACAAUUCCCAUCAGAUCCAGACUGCUGGCUGAGACAACUAGGAGUUGUAGUCCAAAACAUCUGGAAGGCACCAGGUUCCAGAGCACAGACAUGUGGGCGUGUUGUGGAAGUUACGGCAUGUGCUUAAGUAACUUACAAAGCUUUUAUAAUUCACAUUUUCCAUUGUUGCUCUUUCAUAUGAUAAUCAAAACCAGUGGGUAUGUGUGUGUGUGUAUUAAAGCUUUACCCGCAAGUUAAAAGAAAAGAAAAGAAAUGAUAUAAAUAUUAAAAAGAUUAAAUUGUAUUUGACAUUGAUAUAUUAAGGAUUUUUUAAAUUUGCAACUCAAUAUAUAGUACAGGGUAUAUAAUUUAUAUAUAAUUAUUUUCUGCCCUUAAAUAUUGAUCCUGUUUCUUUCUGUUAUUUCCUUCUGUAAGAUACUAAGCCUUUUUAAUUAAAAAAGGUUAUAAUAAUUUACAAAUAACUGUAUGGCAUUUACAAGCAAUCCAUAGAUUGAAACCCGAAGCCUAACGGAGGAGAAACAAACCCCAUUUUUCUACAGCCUUACCAUCUGUCUACCUGCCUUCCCUCUCUCUAAUAAGACUUGUUAAUUGAAUGCUAUCGAUCAUCACCUGAACUUCAGAUAACUGCAAAUGAGUUGAGGGUGCUGUAUGGUUUUUCCAGUUCAGACAAAUUAUCUUUUUUUUUUAAUUAAUAUUUAUUAAAGUUUCAGAAAGAAUAAAAUCACAUUAAUAAACACGAAAAUUUUUAACAAAAACAGAGAAAAAUACCCCAUACAAAAUACAAAAUACAAAAUAGAAAAAAGUAAAAAAAGAAAAAAAGAAGAAAACAGUUAAAAAUAGUUCCGUCUUUUCAUAACUUCUUUUACAUUUACUUGUUUCCCGGACUUCCCCAUACCUCCCUCUUUUGUAUUCCAAUUCAGUUUGUAAGCCCAGCAAUUUCUUUCCCUCCUUUUUAAUUCCAAUCCUAAAUCUUAAUAUAUUAUGACAUUAGAUUUUUACCUAUUUAGAACCAAUUUUUCCAUUUCUCUUAACCUUUUUGAUCCUAAUCCUUAAUCUUGAUAUAUUUAUAGCUUUAAAACCUGUACAGCUAGAAGCCACUUAACUUCAAUCCAGCAUCACUCUAACAUUCAUUAAUUUUGCAAUGUUUCUGUAAAUAAUCUUUAAAUUUCUUCCAGUCUUCUUCCACCGACUCUUCUCCCUGGUCACGGAUUCUGCCAGUCAUUUCCGCCAAUUCCAUGUAGUCCAUCAUUUUCAUCUGCCAUUUCUCCAGUGUGGGUAGCUCUUGUGUCUUCCAAUACUUUGCGAUGAGUAUUCUUGCUGCUGUUGUAGCAUACAUAAAGAAAGUUCUGUCCUUUUUUAACACCGAUUGGCCGACUAUGCCCAGGAGAAAGGCCUCUGGUUUCUUCAAGAAGGUAUAUUUAAAUACCUUUUUUAAUUCAUUAUAUAUCAUCUCCCAGAAAGCCCUAAUCUUUGGGCACGUCCACCAAAGGUGGAAAAAUGUACCUUCAGUUUCUUUACAUUUCCAACAUUUAUUAUCGGGCAAAUGGUAGAUUUCUGCAAGCUUGACUGGGGUCAUGUACCACCUGUAUAUCAUUUUCAUAAUAUUCUCUCUUAGGGCAUUACAUGCCGUGAACUUCAUACCUGUGGUCCAUAACUGUUCCCAGUCAGCAAACAUAAUAUUUUAUCCAACAUCUUGUGCCCAUUUAAUCAUAGCAGAUUUCACCGUUUCAUCCUGAGUAUUCCAUUUCAGCAGCAAGUUAUACAUUCUUGACAAAUUCUUAAUUUUGGGUUCUAACAGUUCUGUUUCUAAUUUUGAUUUUUCCACUUGGAAGCCAUUUUUUUUGUCCAAAUUGUAUGCCUCCAUUAUCUGAUAAUAAUGAAGCCAGUCUCGCACUUUAUUUUUUAGUUUUUCAAAACUCUGCAGUUUCAAUCUAUCACCAUCUUGUUCUAAAAUUUCCCAAUAUUUCGGCCAUUUGACCUCCAUAUUGAGCUUUUUCAGGGCUUUCGCUUCCAUCGGUGACAGCCACCUUGGGGUUUUAUUUUCCAAUAAAUCCUUAUAUCUUAUCCAAACAUUAAAUAAAGCUUUCCUGACAAUAUGAUUUUUAAAUGCUUUAUGUGCUUUGACCUUAUCAUACCACAAAUAUGCAUGGCAUCCAAAUACGUUAUUAAAACCUUCUAAAUCCAAAAUGUCUGUGUUUUCAAGAAGCAGCCAUUCUUUCAGCCAGCAAAAAGCUGCUGAUUCAUAAUAAAGUUUAAGGUCUGGCAGUUCAGACAAAUUAUCAUUCUGGCAGCUCGUUACAGAUGGCUAUGAUGUUUCUGAGCUAUUUCUGAGAGCGAAAAACUUCUAAGAUGUCAGAUGAAUGUGCUGCAGUGAACUUCCUUUGGGAAACGGUACGUGAAACCCUUAGGGGGCAGAGGACUGUGCUUGUUUCUUUGGGUGCUCAGGGCCAGCUCUGGAGGUAACCAGGCAAAGCGCCCCAAAGCAGGCUCUCUGCUGGUGGUGGAAGCAUCUGUACUGGGUGUCCCCCCCGCCCCCGGUGGGUAAUUAAAAGGUCUGAGGCUUGGGUGCCAAGCAUGCGCCUGAGGUGAGUGACUUGAGGCUUCCAGCUGUGGAAUUCUAUCCUGCAACUGGAAAGAUUUUAAGGGCUCCGGCUGAGGCUGGUGUGAGGCCUCCAGUUCCUUGGGCCACACGGGGCGCGUGGGUGGGCUUGGCCUGAAUAUCUAAGGUCCUCUGUCCUUCACUCCUCACCCCCCACCCCUCAAAUACCUCCUUUCUUUGCAACCCCUGGUGGGUUGAGGAACUGACCCCUGGGUAACCUCAGUGGGAAAUGAAAACAGCCGGAGGUGCAGCUCAAAACCCCCAUCUUGUUCAGAGUCAGGGUGUUCUCCAGGCUGCUACUGCUUUAAAGGAGGGAUUCAAGUCUGUGCUUUCAGUUUGCAAAGCGUGGCAAAAGUGCUCUGCAACCGAUUCACCUUUUAAAAAAAGAAACAGGCUUUUUGCAGUUUGGGAAGCGAUGGAGAGAGGCAUUGGAAAGUGUAGGGUGAGCAAAAGAUGAGCAGGAAUAUGUGUAAGGACUACUUGAGCAAAUCAAGAUGUGUAAUUGAAUUGUAGAGUUGGAAGGGACCCCAAGGGUCAUCUAGUCGAACCCCUGGCAAUGCAGGAAUCACAGCUACAGAGUUCUGCUUAAUAAACCUCCAGUGAAGGGGAAUCCUCCACUUUCCAAGGGAGUCCACUGCACUGUCAUGCAGCUCUUACCGUCAGAAAGCUCUUCCCAAUAUAUGUGAUGAGUGUGGGAUCAAUGCUCAGAAAAGACUGAAUAUGAGCUAACUCUGCAUAUGCUAGACACAAGCUAUUGUUGAUGGAUGGAUGGAUGGAUGGAUGGAUGGAUGGAUUGGAUUUGCACUGGGCUCUUCUGCUAAGAGGGGCUUCCAUAGCAACAUUUGAUAACAACCAUUAAAACAGGACAGUCCCUGCCUUCACCUGGAAUAACAUGACACAAGGGGAAAAGGGACGUGGAGGGAAGAGGAAAAAUCAAAACAUAGAUUUCUAAAUAAAAUAAAAUAAAAUAAUUAAAAAUUUCCUUCCAGUAGCACCUUAGAGACCAACUAAGUUUGUUUUUGGUAUGAGCUUUCGUGUGCAUGCACACUUCUUCAGAUACACUGAAACAGAAGUCACCAGACCCUUAUAUAUAGUGGGAAGAAGUGUGCAUGCACAUGGAAGCACAUACCAAUAACAAACUUAGUUGGUCUCUAAGGUGCUACUGGAAGGAAUUAUUUUAUUAUUUUAUUUAUUUUGUUUUGUUUUGACUACGGCAGACCAACACGGCUACCUACCUGUACACAGAUUUCUAAACACUUUCCCCUAUAUUGACCCAAUGCUGACACAAGACGUGCCUGAUGGAGCUGGCCUCUCACAACAGAGCCCAGUAAUUAUGUUUGCUCAGUAAUUAUGGACCUUUUCAGUGUUGGCUCCCUGUUUGUGGAAAAGUCUUGCCAGGGUGGAUCCUAUGGCACUACCUUUAUCUACUUUUAGGCGCAUUUUUAACUUUUAACUUGCAUUUUUAACUCUGGCUUUUGGACCUCCAUUAGAAUCUUUUCUAGUACUUGUGGCAUCUUUUAGUGAGGAAGGAUCUGUAAGGCCUGGCUGUUACCUGUACAGGUGUGGUUUCUAAGUUUUUUAUUGGCUGCGUUCAUUGACGCUGGUUUUUAUCUUUUCACAUUGUGUUUGUUACAUCACUUUGAGUCACUCUGGUAAGAGAGCGAGUAAUAUAAAAGCAAAUAUUUAUUUAUUUGUUGCAUUUAUAUCCCACCUUUUUCCAAGGAGCUCAAGGUGGGGUACAUAGUUCAUCCCCCUCCCCAUUACUAUCCUGGGAAGCAGGUUAGGCUGAGAGGCAGUGACUGGACCCCAAGGUCAUCCAGUGAGUUUCAUGGCUGAGUGGGAAUUCGAACCCCGGUCUCUCCCAGGUCCUAGUCUAACACUCUAACCACUACACAACAUUGCCUGGAGGAGUCCUACCAAACUGGCCUUUCAGCUCUUCCAAUCCAGGUCCCUCCUGCUGCAAACCUCUCCCUACUGGAGCUGCAUUUAGGUCAAUGCUGUACCUCCUAACCUCUUUUUGGCACCAGUGAUCACCUCUGUUCCAUCACCAUUGACACCCAUUGAGCACCCACAACUUCAGUUGCUUGAGAGGAAUUUGCCUCUGAGCAUGUGAAGAAUUCUUUCGCCUAACCCCUGAUUGCCAGCCAACCCCCAAGUACCCAAGGCUUAGUGGGUGAUAGAGGCAGAGAAAGAGUUUCGUUGCAUCCCCUUCUCAUUCUGCAUACCAAACACCUUCCUCUCUCCUACUUUCAAGUUGUUUCCCUGUUGCUAAAUUCUAAAACCUACAGAAUACAGUGGUACCUCGGGUUAAGAACUUAAUUCGUUCUGGAGGUCCGUUCUUAACCUGAAACUGUUCUUAACCUGAAGCACCACUUUAGCUAAUGGGGCCUCCCGUUGCUGCUGUGCCGCCGGAGCAUGAUUUCUGUUCUCAUCCUGAAGCAAAGUUCUUAACUUGAAGCACUAUUUCUGGGUUAGCAAAGUCUGUAACCUGAAGCGUAUGUAACCUGAAGCGUAUGUAACCUGAGGUACCACUGUACAGACAAAGGAGAGUUAUAGAGGUGGGAAGAAGAGCGGGGGGUCAUGGGUCGGGGGUCAAGGCUAACUAAACAGCUCUCACAAUGAAUAUUUUAAGCAUUUAUUACAAUCUGGCAUGUUGCAAAAAGGGAAAACUGCAAACCUAGCAACUUCUUUAUUUUUUAAAAAAAGUUCCCCAGAACUUCAGAGUAUCCUUGUACUCUAGUUUUUCAAUCUGGGUCAGUAGAAAAGGGGAAAUGGGACUUCAUGGCAUUUGCAUCCUGAUAACCCCACACUACAAAUUCGUGGAAGGCCUUACAGAAUGUGCAGAAUGAAAUGGAGAAGCCAUCCACACUUCCCGUUGUCUUGUGGUUUCUUCAUUUGUUCUGUGAUUUCAAGCCAUGGGUCCUUGAGGUUUUUGCUUUCCCUCGCCACUUUCCCAAACUCACUGCUUAUUGCUGAAUCGGGACAAAUGCCAAUCUGCAGAAAACGUGAUUGUUGUUGUUUAGUCAUUUAGUCGUGUCCGACUCUUCGUGACCCCCUGGACCAGAGCACGCCAGGCCCUCCUGUCUUCCACUGCCUCCUGCAGUUUGGUCAAACUCAUGUUUGUAGCUUCGAGAACACUGUCCCACCAUCUCGUCCUCUGUCGUCCCCUUCUCCUUGUGCCCUCCGUCUUUCCCAACAUCAGGGUCUUUUCCAGGGAGUUUUCUCUUCUCAUGAGGUGGCCAAAGUCUUGGAGCCUCAGCUUCAGGAUCUGUCCUUCCAGUGAGCACUCAGGGCUGAUUUCCUUCAGAAUGGAGAGGUUUGAUCUUCUUGCAGUCCAUGGGACUCUCUAGAGUCUCCUCCAGCACCAUAAUUCAAAAGCAUCCAUUCUCCGGCGAUCAGCCUUCUUUAUGGUGCAGCUCUCACUUCCAUACAUCACUACUGGGAAAACCAGAGCUUUAACUAUACAGAACUUUGUUGAAAAUGUGAUUAACAUUGACCAUAAAGUGUGGGUUUUCCUGGGAAAGCAGUGUGACAAAAGAAAAGCCUCUUGGACCUGUGCCUAGAAAUGAUGGGGUGUGGGUGUGGGGUGGGAAGUGUGGGUGAACCCAUUGUUCUGUGGGGCCCUGAGGCAUUGUUGCCAUAGAGUCAAGUAGCGACCCCCCAGCCCACUCUCUGAUUAGCUGCCAUAAGGCAGCAAGAUAAAUUCCUGAAGAUUGGAGCUUCAUUCAUCAAACAGUAGCAAGAACAACAGGAACAUCAUGCAGAAGGUGUGUUGGCGCAUUGUAAUAUGUGGAUUCCACAAGUUGCAAGACAUCCUGGCGAUAUCUAAGAGAGAAGAAGAGGUAUUAUUCCAGCAUCUGACUUAUUUAUUCCAUCUGUUGGUGGGCUAUCCACAGGCACACUCAUAUUUUCAGAAGCUCCAGGAAUGCCUUCUAAGAAUGAGAAAUGAACUGUGAACCUCUAUCUGAGAUUACUGUACAGUCAUACCUCAUGUUACAUCCACUUCAUGUUAUGUUCUUUCAGGUUAUGUCCUGCAGCGACCUGGAAGUACCGGAAAGGGUUACUUCUGGGUUUCGCUGCUCGCGCAUGCGCAGAAGCACAAAAUGACGUCAUGUGCAUGCACAGAAACGGCAAAUCGCAACCCGCGCAUGCACUCUUUUCAUGUUGCGAACAGGCCUCUGGAACGCAUCCCGUUUGCAACCUGAGGUACCAUUGUACAUUAUCUGGAAGCCCAUGAAGGUAGAGCUAUUGAUUGGUAAACAUCUGGAUGAUCCUGGUAGCAUAUGGCUGAGUUUAAAUGAGUUAUCUUGGCCGGCAACACCCCAGCUAAGAUCACAUUGUCUGCUUAUGAAGAUGGGAAUUUGACAAUGUAGUGAAAUGAGAUUUCAGCCCAAUUCCUCUGAGGGUUAGACAGUGGCUGGAGUAGGGCCUGGUAUCUUGGUCCUAGCACACACUUCACAGGCAUGGAUGGAGCACUUGACCUCGCUUUGAAGAGAUGGCAGCAAGAAGGCAUAAAGAGGGUUUUCAGGAACCUCCAGCUCCCUGUAGUAGAAGCAGCCUGGCACUGGUGGGGCAUCUGAAGACUAAGUAGACACCCUUUAAUGUAGAGCCUCCAGUGGUGGAACGGGUGGUCAACCUUUGCAUUGGUGAUGGGGAACUUGUAGCCUUCCAUAUGUUCUUAGAUUGCAAUGCCCAUCAACUCUAGCCAGCAGGGCCAGUGGUGAGAAGUCCAACAACCACGGAGGACAAGGCUAUCAAUGCAAGGCUGGAUUAAGACCUUUAGAGACCCUAAGUACUUAAAAGAUUUUGGUGCCCCUGUAUAUAUCUAAAUCAAAAUAUAAACAAUAAAAAAACCAUAAAAUAAAAUUUUAUUUUUUGAAAUGAAACAAAACCUACAGCAAGAUAGAAAAGUAAGAUGAAUUUUUCUAUACUUCCACUUUAUUUAUAUUUUGGGGGGAAAUCCUACUUUUCUAAUUAUAAAGUCUUUGAUCAGAUCCUCAGAACUAAUCUUACAUGACACAUCUGCUUCCAUAUUUAGUAGAGAUAAGGCAUUCAACCUGACUUGUUGCAUAGUUGUUCUUUUGGGUUUUUAAAUAUCCCUCAACUGAGAAAAUGAACGCUCAGCUGAGCAAUUUGCGGCAAAAAGCAAUGACAAACCUAGACAGCAUCUUAAAAAGCAGAGACAUCACCUUGCCAACAAAGGUCCGUGGUUUUCCCAGUAGUGAUGUAUGGAAGUGAGAGCGGGACCAUAAAGAAGGCUGAUCGCCGAAGAAUGGAUGCUUUUGAAUUCUGGUGCUGGAGGAGACUCUUGAGAGUCCCAUGGACUGCAAGAAGAUCAAACCUCUCCAUUCUGAAGGAAAUCAGCCCUGAGUGCUCACUGGAAGGACAGCUCCUGAAGCUGAGGCUCCAAGACUUUGGCCACCUCAUGAGAAGAGAAGACUCUCUGGAAAAGACCCUGAUGCUGGGAAAGAUGGAGGGCACAAGGAGAAGGGGACGACAGAGGACGAGAUGGUUGGACAGUGUUCUCGAAGCUACCAGCAUGAGUUUGACCAAACUGCGGGAGGCAGUGGAAGACAGGAGUGCCUGGCGUGCUCUGGUCCAGGAGGUCAUGAAGAGUCGGACUAAACAACAACAACAAUGUUAAAAAUGCAAACUAUAUAGGUGCUGCAGCUAGGAAGACAGGUGGUUGGAUGAAUACUUCCUGGGGUUUUGGUUUUUUAAAAAAGAAAAACGCAUGUGUACUCUCUUUCCCUCCCUCCCACCAUAGGGUUGCCAUAUUUCAGAAAGUGAAAAUCUGGACAGAAAACUCCGGCCCCUCAGCAUGGCCCCAGGUGCUGGCAACCCACGCUAUGCCACUGAUGGUAUCCUUCUAGAGGGGUUGUCUAAGUCUGGGAAAUUGUAGCCCUUUGAGGGGAAUGAGGGGGGGUGUCUCCUAACAAGCUAAGCAAACUACACUUCCCAGGAUACUUACAGGUGAGCCACGGCUGUUUAAAGUGGUAUGAUACUGAUUUACAUUUACAUUGUGGAUGAGGCCAUGUUCUUGAAGCAGUAGAAUUAGUGGUGGAUUGAUUCUGCUUUAUUAGUUUUUCUGCGAUACUUCCUCAGUGCUGCCACUUAUUGCUGUUUGGAAAAGGCUGUAGUUCACCAAAGUGGUACCUCAAACAUUUGUAGAAUGAAACAUCGUGAGAUUGCAGCAGGAAAUUACAGGAUAUGUACUGACUGGAAACAAAGAAAUGUGUCCUCCCCAAGGCAUGAAACGUAUUGAAAGCAGGAUCUCAUACUAAAGUCUUGAUAGCCUCAUGAACAGGGCCGUUUUUAGGUUUGAUGAGGCCCUGAGCUCCUGAAGGUAAUGGGGCCCUUUAUAUGUCCAGCUGUCCUUUGUCAACAACAAAUUGUCACUGUUUUUGUGUUGAAUAUAUGCUAUAUGGGAAUAUAUGGACCUAAUAGGUAUCUAAAGCCAUUUGCACAUAACAAACAGGAGCCUACAUAACACCUUUGCUGUAUGUAGGUUUUAUUUUAUUUGUUUUUUAUCUUAUAUUUUGGAAAUGUACAUCCAGGUUUUUUCCUUUAAUUUUUUUGGGGGGCCCAAGAGAGUGAGGCCCUAAGCCUGAGCUUGUUUAGCUUAUAUGUAAAUCCGGCACUGCUCAUGAAUUGUCACGAAUACACAGUCAAAAGGAUGCCUGGAGGGACCCAAAAGGAGUCAUAGAAAUUGGGAUCAUGAGUAGACAAAGUGUUGGCUAAUAAUUGCACCUCCCCAUCCUAGCCCUGGUGCUUCAUUAACUUUAAUGUAACCUUUGACGCCUCCCUCUCCAUGGAGGCGCAGGUUGCAGCUACAGCAAAGGCGGCCUUUUUUCAUCUCCGCCGUAUUAAGCAGUUGGUCCCUUACCUUUCCGGCCCCGAUCUGGCCACAGUGAUCCAUGCGAUGGUCACCUCCAGGCUUGAUUCCUGUAAUUCGCUCUACGUGGGGCUGCCCUUGAAGCUGACUCAGAAACUCCAGCAGGUGCAGAAUGCUGCGGCGAGACUCCUUACGGGGUCCUUGCCAUGGGAUCACAUUCAUCCAGUGCUUUACCAGCUGCAGUGGCUCCUGGUGGAGUACAGGGUCAGGUUUAAGGUGCUGGUUUUAACCUUUAAAGCCCUAUAUGGCCUAGGACCCACGGACCUAUGGGACCGCCUCUCCUGGUAUGCCCCACGGAGGACCUUACAGUCCACAAAUAACAACACUUUGGAAGUCCCAAGCCCCAAGGAAGUCAGAUUGGCCUCGGCCAGGGCCUUUUCAGCUCUGGCCCCAGCCUGGUGGAACACCCUACUGCAGGAGACCAGGGCCCUGCGGGAUUUGACCUCUUUCCGUUGGGCAUGCAAGACGGAGCUGUUCUGCCUGGCCUUUGGGCUGGACUCAGUCUAACCCCCCCCCUCAUUUUUAUUUCUUUUAUUUUUUUAUGGAACCCCUCAUAUGGGAUUUUGUAUAUAAAUUUUCCCUUCGGCUCUUUUUCUGGUCCAUGUAGGACCAGCAUGGAUAGUUGGCCGCGGUGAAUAUUUGACGUUUUCUCCCCUUAUGGCUUUGAUCUAUAGGCUACCACUAAAACGAGGCUGCAUUUUAAGCUGCAUUUUAAACUGUAUUCUAACUUAUAUUUUAAUCAACUGUUUUUUGUUUGUUUUGUUUUGAAUGUUUUUACUAUAUUUAUAUUUAGUGUUAGCUGCCCUGAGCCUGGUCUUGGCUGGGGAGGGCAGGGUAUAAAUAAAAUUUGUUUGUGUGUGUAUAUUUUUGGGGGGAGGUGUUCCACUGGUUUUGAAGGAUUGAAACUGGAGUAUUAGCUCAUUUAUUAACUGAUUGCACCAUGGCCAUAGCCAGGAUUUAUGUUACGGGAGACAGAACUUCAGUUAAGUAUUUUUAUUGCUUUACUUGAUUUACAAUAAAAAGUAAGUUUUAUUGUUCCCCACCCUGAGAUUUCUUGAUAAAAGCUAGGCUACCAACGUCUUUAGUAAACAUAGUAUAAACUUAAAUGAAAGCCUCAUGACCCAAAGUGAAGCUUCGUUUCCUGGGUCAUAACACAUCAUUGUUCCCUGGGGCUUUUGUAAAGUAAUGUGUGUGGAGGGGUGUGAUUUGAAAUCGCACGCCACCCUUGUGAGGGCGGCCAGAGGCCAACCCACACAGGGCUUCUGUGCCUUUCACAGUUGUGCAGGCGAGGGAAUUUCAGGAGGUGCACAUUGUCAUGCAAGCGAUACCUAUUGAAAGGUGCAAGAUCCGUGGCUGCUUUUAAAAACACAAGACUACCAGAACAGCCCUGCUGGAUCAGACCCAUGGACCAUGUAGCCCAGCAUCCUGUUCCCACUGUGGCCAACCAGAUGCCUGUGGGAAGGCAGCAAGCAGGACUUGACCACAAGUCUCCCCUCCUGCAGCUCCCGGCAUUACUGCCUCCAGUUGUGGAAGCAGAAGAGAGCCAUCACGCCUAGCAGAUGCUGAUCGCCUUGUCCUCCAUGAAUCAACCCUCUUUUAGAGUCCUCCAAAUGGGUGGCCAUCAUUGCAAGUUCCAUAGUUAACUCCGUGCUGCAUGAAGAAGUACUUUCUUUGCCAUUGCCCUGAAUCUUUCAACAUUUAGCUUUGCUGGAUGUCCACAAAUCCUGGUGUUGUGAUAGAGGGAGGAAAGCUUUUUUUCUGCCCACUUUCUUGAUUCCAAGCAUAAUUUUAUAACCUUCUCUCAAGUUGCUUCUUUCUUGCCUUUUCUCUAAGCUUGUUAUUGUUGUUUAGUCAUUCAGUUGUGUCCGACUCUUCGUGACUCCAUGGGCUAGAGCACGCCAGGCACUCCUGUCUUCCACUGCCUCCCGGAGUUUGGUCAAACUCAUGCUGGUAGCUUCAAGAACAUUGUCCCACCAUCUCGUCCUCUGUCAUCCCCUUCUCCUUGUGCCCUCCAUCUUUCCCAACAUCAGGGUCUUUUCCAGGGAGUCUUCUCUUCUCCUGAGGUGGCCAAAGUAUUGGAGCCUCAGCUUCAGGAUCUGUCCUUCCAGUGAGUACUCAGGGCUGAUUUCCUUAAGGAUGGAGAGGUUUGAUCUUCUUGCAGUCCAUGGGACUCUCAAGAGUCUCUUCCAGCACCAGAAUUCAAAAGCAUCCAUUCUUCAGCGAUCAGCCUUCUUUGUGGUCCAGCUCUCACUUCCAUACAUCACUACUGGGAAAACCAUAGCUUUAAGAAGUCCCAAAUGUUGCACCCUUUCCUCACAGGGGAGUCCUUCCAUGUCCUUGAUCGUUUUGGUUACCCUUUCUUGAACCUUUUUGCAUCUGGCCAUCUAUCCACCUUGUUACACUGAGUUCAAAGAGCUCUGCCCUCCCUGCUCAGGUGGGGAAGGGGAUCCCCCACCCCACCCAAGGACAGAGAAUAUGUGAAGCCAGUUGUGGCAUCGUUCCCAUGCUGCUCCAGGCUUCACAACACCACCAGCAUCCACAAGGCUUUAUUUUUUAAAGUUAAAGAAGGAAAGGCGGUGGACAUGACCCUCAGCCACAUCGAAAAGCCUUGUUCACACAUUACACUGAACACAGGGUACCUGCCUUUGUCUCUGCACAUGUACAAGUGUUUGCAUGAAAGAGGGUACACUUGUUGAUUUGUACAGGUCAGCUCUUCCAUACUCAGGUACACUUAUUUGUGAAUAACUACAGGUGUGCUGCUCAACACACAAUCUGCCUAUGCAGAUGGUAUGAUUGUUGGAUGGAAUGUGCUAGUAUGGUGCAGACUCAGCUCAGCCAGGGCACUCAGCACCGGACUGCAUUAUGAACUGAGGCAGGACCCUGGGUGUUAUGUACUGAGUUGAAUAGAAUCCAAAAUGCAGCAGUCUGAUUGGUCCUAGAGCAAUAGGAUCCAGAAUGCAGCAGUCUGAUUGGUCCUAGAACAAUAGGAUCCAGAAUGCAGCUGUCUGAUUGGUCCACAGGAGCCACCCAAUCCAGCUCCAGGUGGAAGUGAAUCCGCAACCUAAUUGGCCUACAGGAGAAUCCCGGAAUUAGCCAAUCACGUGGUUCCCACUGUGUAAAUAAUGUAUAUAAAGCAAACAUUUCAUGGGAACUUCCACUCCUCCUCAACACUGUGAGCUGAAUAAAGAGCAUGAAAUCCACUCUCGACCUCGAGUAUAUUUCACUGAGAAUGCACCCAACAUUCUCCUUGCCUCUCCAUGGCAAAGGUACAAGCAGGAGGGCAAGACAGUGUUCAGGUGGCCCAAAUCAAAAGAGGACCUGUGUUGCUCCUGCGCCUUUAAUAGUUGCGUGGCAGCUGAAAUUCCCUCUUCUGCACUUCUUUUAAAGGUGCAAGAGUCCUCGCCUCCUUUGUUCCUAGUCUUCAAGGCAAGCUGGUCAAGUUUGUGAUGAAACUUCUCAUUACGGAGCCGCAGAGAAGCUUGCAAACACCCCUCUCUGGGGGUUUUUCUGUCUCAUUCCCAGAAAGAAAAAUAGCAGCUAGCUUCCGAAGCGGGAAACAGGCAGAGCUCGGCCCUGCCUUUACUGGCCUGAGAUAAAGAGUUGCUCCCACUUCAUCCAAACUGACUGUUGUAUUAAUGUGUCAGCCCUCAUGCAUCCCUCGUACACUUCCCGGAGGUUAACCACAAAUGAACUCCCACAAAUGAACAAUCUUUAGGGAGUUACCAGGAAGAGCCACCUCCGCGCUGUUUUUCAAAGGGACAAUCGAGUUGCGUCCUUUCCUUCCAGCAGAUUCAAAUAGCUGGGCAUUCCAGAAAGUAUAACGUUCUGGAAAUAUGUGAGGAAAUAGAUAGGCCUUUUAAAAGGGCUUGAGAUGUUUGCUUUAACUUAAUUUGCAAGAAAGGCAUGGGGGAUAGAGGCUUUGACAUUCUCCCUUCUCCAGAGGGCUUGAUUUAAGCCUUCCUAGGCCCGGAUGGUUUAUUUAUAUGUGCAAAUGAAACAUUUUAUCCUCUGGACAAGAACCAGGAAUUCUAGCUCAGAAGCUGCCGCCCAGGAUAGUGGACACGAGGGAUGGGGUUGGGUGGGAUUUGCUUCAGAGUUCCUCAAACAUUUCUAAGAGCACAGUUUGAAUUUAUGCAUCAAAGGUAAUAAUUGAAUCCCCUUUUAAAAAUAUUCAUACCUCUGAAUGUUUCUCUUGCAACCUAGGGCUGUGUCCACAAUGACACUCUCAACCAAGGGAGGUGCUGGAGGGGGCAGGGGGCAAGUACCCCCAAAAAGAGUUCACCUCCUCAUUCUCCCCCCCCCCCAAUUGCUGGACUCAUUAACAUAUUGCUGUGUGGCACCCCAGUCUCCAAGUGGUGAGAAAUUCCUGUGGUUCCAGCUGCUUACUCAGAUUCGGUUUUCUUGGAGUAAAAGUCACCGGAGAUUACGGUGUCUUUAGGAUAUGUAGUUUUAUUUACACAUCUAUACAACUUGAGCAUGAGAUGGAGAGACUCACAGCAUUAACAUUCCAAUGGAUUUUGGGAUCCAGCACAGAGCAAGCGUGUCUCUGGGUCUCCAGCUUCCAGCCUGCUUUUUUCAGCUCAUCUCCCACACACCACCCUGGCUCUUGUUCUCCUACCUAGCAGCCAGGUGAGGAGGGAGAGGAAAGACCUGCCCAUCAGCCUGGAGGGCCUCAUCCCUUCAUUGCACCUCUUGCAAUAGAGCCCAUCCUUUUGGGAUGCGGAUGAGGACACUGCACUGGCCAGCCAAGGCCAUCGUCUUACAAAGAAACUUCUCUGGCUAGUUUAGCAGUAGGAUCCUCUCUUUGAAUCUAAUGCUCCCCAGGUACAGGAUCCUAAGAAUUGGAAGGGACUCGUGGCAUCAUCCAGACUGACCACCACAAAGCAAAACAUCAUUCAAGUGUAAGCUAAAGGUAAAGGUAAAGGGACCCCUGACCAUUAGGUCCAGUCGUGACCGACUCUGGGGUUGCAGCACUCAUCUCGCUUUACUGGCUGAGGGAGCCGGCAUGCAGCUUCCGGGUCAUGUGGCCAGCAUGACUAAGCCGCUUCUGGCGAACCAGAGCAGCGCACGGAAACGCCGUUUACCUUCCCGCCGGAGCGGUACCUAUUUAUCUACUUGCACUUUGACGUGCUUUCGAACUGCUAGGUUGUCAGGAGCUGGACCAAGCAACAGGAGCUCACCCCGUCACGGGGAUUCGAACCACCGACCUUCUGAUCGGCAAGUCCUAGGCUCUGUGGUUUAACCCACAGCGCCACCCGCGUCCCUCAUUCAAGUGUCAUAUAUUAUUUCUGUAGCUUUCCAACAGUGCAGCUGCAGCUCUUGAGGCAGAAAUUUCUGCGUCUUUUGCAGCUGCUGACAACAGAUCACUGAGAACCCAGAAAUGGGGAAGCAUCUAACUUACAGCAUUGAGCAGCCAGAUUCCAACCUGGUCUCCACCUCCAGCAUCCCAGACCCACCCAACCAGCAUGGAAACAGAGCCUUUAGUCACUGAAGAGAUGUCUCCUAACCUUUUGUGCUGAUUGGAGCCCACCAGAGUGAAAGGAGUAUUACCCAUGAGGAUGGGCUUCCAGGGUCACUUUGUGGGAGAGGUGUCGGAGGGACACUGAGGGGGAAUGUGGAGGACGUGGAGAGGAUAAGAGCAGACAAGCACGUGCAAAUUUACCAGCAGCCUCUUACUCUAGUGGUGACCUUGGAAGCUCUUUUCUGACUCCAUUGUGGCCACAAUUCUGCACUCUGGAGAGGGUUUCUUGCUGCUAUUGAGAGCCUAGGUGCUCUUGAGCUUCACCAGACGCAGGACUUGCACACAACUGAAGAAACAUCAAUCAAAGUUGGUUGUCUAAAGCUGCAUGCAUCAGCACUUGGGUUUAAAGCAGUCAUUCUGAAAUGAGAUAGUCACUUCCUUUGGUUUUGAGAUGCUGCAUGGAUUGUCACGGCAACAUUUUAAAAGAGAUCAAGAGAGUUUUGUGUCACCCCUGAAGACUAGCCAAUAUAUUACACAAUAAGCGUUAUAACUUAGAACUCUAGUCUGUAACCUUCAGAUAGUCCCUUAGCGCCUUUCCCUUCACUCUCCCAAUUUUCCAUUUUAAAAAAAAAUAUAGGGAGUUGGACUAGAUGAUGCUUUGGACCUCUUCCAACUCUACAAUUUGGUGCUUUGGUUGGGAUGGUCUGUUUUUAGGGGGCAUUAUUUUGGGGUCUUUUUUAUUAUUUGAGUGGGGGGGUGCAGAUAGGUGUUUUCCUGUUUAGAGGUGAGUGACACAGGGAAGACUCAAUAUGUGUCCUUCAUACAGUGGUCUCUCGGGUUAUAUACGCUUCAGGUUACAUACUGUCAGAGCUGCUUCCAGAUCCUAGCUCACAGAGGAUCACGCUAGCCAGCGAUCAUUAAACAAAAGUCUUUAUUGAGUUACAGUUUCCAUUCUCAAACUGCUGCGUGCAACUCUACGUCUCAUGGUUAGACCGGCGAAGCCCCUUGUACACCAACUUAAUAUCCUAGCCCUGCUCCACCUUUUCCGCCUGACUAUUCUUCUCUGGGUCCCUCUGCCCCCUGGGGUCUCUUCUUUCCGGGAUUCCUCUGACGCUGACGCUGACGCUGACCCCCCUGACCCUUCUCCCUCCUUUCGGCGGGCUUUAGGACCUGGCUCCCUUUCCGGGCUGCCUACUGUGCCACCUUCCUGUGCAUUUGAACCUGCGCGCGCGCCCAACCAUCCACCUUCCGUCUGACCGUUACAUCGCUCCCCGAUGGAGGUGUGGCCACUCCUGACUCGUGCCCUCCCCCCUCGGGUGAGCUGCCAGCGCUUGAUCGCUGGCUCCCUUGCACUUCCCUGCUCUCUGGCGGUGACGCUGGUCCCGAUUUCCAACUGCACCCCUCAGGGUCCCCUCUGGGUCUAUCUGCCUGGGGCGUCCCCUAGGCUCCCCUUGCCCUGGCCACUGGUGCUCCUUUCUGUGAAUCUUCUGAUUCACUGGAAAGACUCGAGAUCUCGGGUCGUCGUCAUCACUCAUCUUUUCUUCUGCCUCCUCCCCUCGCUCUCUGUUUCCUCCCUUGCCCUUGCCUCUGCUCCUGAACCCCUGACAUCCAUCCCCCUCGAAGCCCCCUCUUCCCCCUCCUCCUUCCGGUGCGGGAUCUGGGUGCUGCCGUGUCAGGGGACGAAUGUCGGAUACAGUUCGCUUCCCGUGGCGGGCCGCCAUCUGAAGUCUUCCGGUUCUUCCUCCCUGCUCUCGUUGACGACGGUCACCUCCGCUUCCAUCUCUGUGCCGCCGUGCUCGAAACCCGGGUCGUCCCCGAAAACGUCCAUGUCCGUCUCCCCCUCGUUACCUUCUGGAGACGUUGCUCGUCCUGGACCCUCCAGCCACCUUCUGCGGAACUGCUCCUCUGGUCGAUCAUCCCACCAAUACGAGGGUUCUGAAGCAGAUCCCGAGGGCGACCCCUCCGGGGAACGGGCGUCUCGUGUCGGUUCCUCGUCCGAGUCGAACCCCCGGAACGUGCUGGCUGAAAGCGUGGGCGUGAAAAGCCAGUCGUCGAAAAAAGUCUGCUGGCAUUGGCCUAUGUGGGAAGAGGGCAUGAAACUCUUCUUUGAGCAGAGGUUCGUCUAAAGCGUAGCCCGGCACCCAGCUGUUGGCACUGGCCGGGGUGCCCUCCUUGGCUAGAAGGUAUUCUACCCCCUCUUCCCCCCAUCUGGAGUCCAAAAUCUCCGUGGCUUCGUUGAUGCGCUCCUCCCGUGCCACUCCCCGUUGCCCGGUUCUCUCUCGGAGCGGACCCGGUGCCGUUCCUGGUUCCUGAAACCUGUGAGGUGCCUUGUAGGGAGUGAGCACCGAUCUGUGGAACACCGGAUGCAUCCUGGAACCCUCCGGAAGAGCCAGCCUGAAAGCCACCGGGUUGACCUGUUCUUCGACUCUGGUAGGGCCCCAGUUGUUUAUGCCCUAGUUUCUUCUUCGCCAACGACCUGGCCGAACUGCGUGGGCUGCUAACCAGACCCAGUCUCCCACAUGGAUCUCUUCGCCAACCCUUCUGUGUUUGUCCGCUUGUACCUUGUAUGCGUGUUUAGCCAGCUCCAGGUGCCGCCGCAGCUGAUCGUGGACCUCCUGCAACUCCGACGCGAAUGCAUCUGCUGUCUGCGGCUCCCCUCCCCAUUCUUUCCAGUCCCGGGAAGGUUCUGGGGUGCCUCCCGUUGUUGGCGAAGAACGGCGUGACCCCCGUGGACACGUGCUUCGUGUUGUUGUAGGCGAACUCGGCGAGAGGCAGGUAAUCCACCCACGUCGCAGGCUGUUGAUUCGCAUAACAUCUCAGGUACUGCUGCAUGAUGGCAUUGACUCCGCUCCGCUUGCCCAUUGGUCUGCGGGUGUCUAGCCGACGCCAGGUUGAUCUUGACGUUCAGGAAGCCCAUCAGCCUCUGCCAGAAGUUCGAGAUGAACUGUCGCCCUCGGUCGGACAGAAUAGACCGCGGCAGACCGUGAACCUUGAACACGUGGUCUAUGAACAGUUUGGCUGUUUGUUCCGCCGUGGCCACCUUCGCACACGGAAUGAAAUGUGCCAUCUUGGAGAACAAGUCCACCACCACCAGCACAGCCGUCUUGCCCCUCGAGCUGGGCAGAUCCGUGACAAAGUCCAGGGCCACUCUCUCCCAUGGUUCGAACGGAGUUUGCAGCGGUUCCAGCAAUCCGGCCGGCGGUCUGUGCACUGGUUUGGCCCUCUGGCAGGUGUCACACCUCGCCACGUAGUCCGCGACUUCCCCUCACAUUCCUGGCCACCAGAAGUCUCUGCCUACUAGGACCGCCGUCUUCUCCUUGCCAAAGUGCCCGGCAGUGGGCGCGGCGUGCAGCUGCUGCAGUACCUUGGCGCGAAGUUCGUCUCCCGGCACGUAGAUGGCCCCUUUACGGAUGAGCAAACCAUCUCGCAGCUGGAACUCGUCGGUCGCUGCCGUGCCCCUGUGCGCCUCUGCCAUCUUUGCUUGCGCGAAGGAGUCAUCCUGCAACGCUCGUCGCACCGCCUCCAGGUCAACUGUUGCCGCCGUGCACGCCCACACUGUCGGUGCGAAGAUGUGCAUGGCAGCCGCUGGCGUUGCCUCCUCCAGAUACUGCGGCUUACGGGAGAGAGCAUCCGCCAUGAUGUUGGUGUCCCCCGGGACAUACUCUAUUCGGAAGUCGAAAUUCGCAAAGAACUCAGCCCAACGUAUCUGCCUCUGGUUCAGGAACUGUGCCGUGCGCCAGUGCUCUAGAUUCUUGUGGUCCGUGCAGACCUGCACCGUGUGCUUGGCGCCGAUCAGGAAGUGCCUCCACGCUUUGAACGCUGCAUGAAUGGCCAGCAACUCCCUGUCCCAGAUGGUGUAGUUCUGUUCGGACUUGCUGAGCUUCCUUGAGUAAAACGCUCCCGGCCUCCAAACCCCUGCGGGUCCUUCUGCAGCAGGACUGCUCCCACGGCUCUGUCCGAAGCGUCUGUCUCCACCCUCAUCGGCUUGCUGGGGCUGACAUGAAGCAGUUGCCCUUCCGACGCGAAGAGACGCUUGAGUGCCUGGAAAGGACUGCUCCGCCUGCUCUGUCCAGAUGAACUUCUUUUCUUGGAGCUGAGCGUGUCCGUGAUGGCCGCUGUCUGCAUGGCAAAGCCUUUGAUAAACUUGCGAUAGAAGUUCGCAAAGCCGACAAACCGUUGGACCUCCUUCCGGUUGCGUGGGCUUUUCCAAUCCAACACUGCUCGGACCUUGGCGCUGUCCAUGGCGAGCCCUUUAUCAGACAACUUGUAGCCCAGGAAAUCCACCUCCGUCACGUCGAAUUGGCACUUCUCCAGCUUGGCGUAAAGCCUAUGUUGCUGUAGCCUGCUCAGCACUUCCUUGACGUGUCUGUCAUGCUCCUGCUGCGAUUCCGAAAAGAUCAGGAUGUCAUCCAAGAAACAGACGCACGUCUUGUAGAGGAGCCCCGCCAACACGUGAUGCAUGAAAGCUUGAAAACGUGGGAACCAUUUUGCAAUCCAAAAGGCAUAACUCUAUAUUCGUAGGUGCCCAGGGGCGUGAACAUGGCUGUCUUCCACUCAUCUCCUUCCCGCAUGCGAAUGAGGUUGUACGCCCUCGCAGGUCCAACUUAGUGAACACGCUGCCCUUCCGUACCUUUGCGAGGAGGUCGUCGAUUCGGGGCAUGGGGAAGUCCGAUGGCUUGGUCACGCUGUUCAAAAUGCGAUAGUCCACUACAAGUCUUUUCUGGGGCGUGUCCCGCUUCUUAACAAAGAAUACCGGACUGCCCCCGCUGCCUUGGACUCUCGGAUGAAACCGCGCUCCAAAUUAUGAUCUAUGAACUCUUUGAGUUCCUGCAGUUCGUCCUCAGACAUGGAAUACAGCUUCCUUUGGGCAGCGCCGCCCCGGCAGCAGGUCAAUUUUGCAGUCAUAUGGUCUGUGGGGGUAGCCUGUCUGCCUCCUUCUCGCAGAAAACCUCCAAAAAUUCUGCGUACUUGUGGGGAACCGCUUGCAGCGUGCCUAGCUGCAGCUGUGACUCCUCUUCCUCUCCUUCCUGCCGGGGCACGAUGCAGUGUUCAGCGCAAAAGGAAGAGCCGAAGGUCAGCUGCCUCUGGUACCAAGCCAGCGUCGGGCUGUGCUUGUCCAGCCAACUCAUGCCCAAUACAAUGGGCGUGUCCGAUAGUUGAGUGACAUUGAAGCUGAUGAUUUCCCUGUGAUUCCCAAGCCGCAUCACCAUUGGUGGCGUCUGCUUCACCACUUGCCCCCCUAGCAGCUCCCUGCCAUCCACCGUGACAACCUGCAGGGGCAGCGUGGCAGGCAGCAACUGUAUAGCGUGCCGGUCAACAAAGUCCUGCCCUAUAAAGUCCGCAUUGCUUCCGGAGUCAAUGGUGAUUGGCACGUCCAUGGUGAUUCCAUUGGGCAGCUGGAGCGACGCGGUGAGCCUCACUACUGGUUUGGGCGGGAGGGGGUCCAUGGGCUGUAAAAUCUCUGGGGACUGCUUCACUGACACGUCUGGCUGGGCCCCAGUGCCUCUUCCUCCAACCAGACGCCGUCGUUUCCCUGCUGUGGUUCUCCUUGCUGCGUUGCUGCAGUUACCAUUGCUGAAGCUGCAGUGUGCUUGUGGAGCCUCUGGGGACACUCUUUCGCCAUAUGCUGUGGAGCAUCGCAGAUGUAACACUUCCUGUUCCCUCUAGGAGGCUUCGCUCACUGCUGCCGGUGCUAGGGCUCUGGCUGCUGACUGAGCCCUUGCACCUCCAACCUCCAUAGGUUCCGCUCCUCCUCCUGGCGGAGGCGUGGAUUGCGCACGCGCUGCGUCUCUGGGAAGGAAGGAGGAGCCCUGGCUGGUUCGCGCCUCCACGCCCCUUCGUCCCUGCUCCACGGACGUUCUUCCAGCCGCACCCCCACCGCCAGCGCCCUCUGAACGAUCUCCUGCGUGGUCCGGGGUCUCUCCCCUCGCAAUUUCAUCUUUAACCGAGCCGUGCAAUCCCUCCCAAAACAGGUCUCUUACAGGAGCCGAAUCUCUGUCCCAUUCCAGAGCACUGACCAAAGCGAAAAGCGGGCAUGGUACUGCCUUACGCUGGCCCUCCCUUGCUUCAGUCCAUGUAUCUGCUGCCGAGCAAGAUCCACGUCAAUGCUUGAUAAAAAGCACCCAUCCAUCGCUUUAAUAAAGGCAUCCGCAUUUUGGAGCGCCGGAUCCUUAUCUCUCCACAAAUUGCGCAGCCAUGCUUUAGCAUCUCCAUGCAAAUGGGACAUGAUGAAUCCCACCUUCUCUUGCUCAUCUCUAAAGUCUUUGUCCAGCAGUUGCAGUGCACACAUUACAUCUGCUCUAAAGUUGGGGUACUGUUGCAAAUUCCCAUCGAAGUGAGAGACCAGACCGCCUGUUCUGCCUCCCCAACCCAAACCCCACCGGGUUGGGUGUCAGUUGCCCUUGCUGCGUAAGCACUUCCAACCAGACCUGGAGAUCCCAGUAGGCGGCAGCUGCGUCCCUCCUCUCUCUUCCUGGAUGCAAGAGCCUCGGCAUUCAGUCGUGACACUGCUUCUCUGAGUUCCGCUAUCUGCUGUUCGGCCGUCAUAUUGUCUGCCUUUCGUGAGCUCGCUAGUAGGCACCCGCUUUCUCUCCUCUCCGCGAGGCUGUAGAUGCCCACAAUUUUAUGGGACGGAGCUUACUGUCAGAGCUGCUUCCAGAUCCUAGCUCACAGAGGAUCACGCUAGCCAGCGAUCAUUAAACAAAAGUCUUUAUUGAGUUACAGUUUCCAUUCUCAAACUGCUGCGUGCAACUCUACGUCUCAUGGUUAGACCGGCGAAGCUCCGUCUGAGUCUCCGCCCUUGUACACCAACUUAAUAUCCUAGCCCUGCUCCACCUUUUCCGCCUGACUAUUCUUCUCUGGGUCCCUCUGCCCCCUGGGGUCUCUUCUUCCGGGAUUCCUCUGACGCUGACGCUGACCCCCCUGACUCUUCUCCCUCCUUUCGGCGGGCUUUAGGACCUGGCUCCCUUCCGGGCUGCCUACUGUGCCACCUUCCUGUGCAUUUGAACCUGGCGCGCGCGCCCAACCUUCCACCUUCCGUCUGACCGUUUCUUCGCUCCCCGAUGGAGGUGUGGCCACCCUGACUCGUGCCCUCCCCUGUGGUGAGCUGCCAGCGCUUGAUCGCUGGCUCCCUUCCUCGUCCCUGCUCUCUGGCGGUGACGCUGGUCCCGAUUUCCAACUGCUCCCUCUGAGUCCCCUCUGGCUCUAUCUUCCUGGGGCGUCCCCUAGGCUCCCCUUGCCCUGGCCACUGGUGCUCCUUUCUGUGAAUCUUCUGAUUCACUGGAAAGACUCGGAGAUCUCGGGUCGUCGUCAUCACUCAUCUUUUCUUCUGCCUCCUCCCCCUCGCUCUCUGUUUCCUCCCUUGCCCUUGCCUCUGCUCCUGAACCCCUGACACAUACGCUUCAGGUUACAGACUCCGCUAACCCAGAAAUAGUGCUUCAGGUUAAGAACUUUGCUUCAGGAUGAGAACAGAAAUCGGACUCCGGCGGCGCGGCAGCAGCAGGAGGCCCAAUUAGCUAAAGUGGUGCUUCAGGUUAAGAACAAUUUCAGGUUAAGAACAGACCUCCGGAACGAAUUAAGUACUUAACCCGAGGUACCACUGUAUUGUCAAAAGGAUGUCAUGAGCAUUAGACAACUGCUCGAGGAAUCCCAUGGAGUAGCGUCAGUACAAGUUCCAGCUAGCAUUGUAUCAUUGAUCAGAAAGGGUUGAGCCCCGUCACUUGUAUUUUUAAAGUCAUCAGCCUCUGGGGGUCUGUGUGAGGGUGUGUUAACCUCUUCUGUAGCUGCUCUGCUUUUAAUUUUUAUGUGGGGGGUUGGGGUGUAUGUGCGACAGGACUGCUACAAGCAGUGUGCCAUUGUGGUGUGAUAAGAGUGUGUGAGACCAGGGUUCAAAUUCCCACUCAAGUCAUGAAACUCGCUGGGGGAACUACCAUACAGGCAAGAUAUAAAUGUGAUAAUAAUAAACAUAUUCAUUCAUACAGUGGGACCUCAGGUUACAUACGCUUCAGGUUACACACUCCGCUAACCCAGAAAUGGUGCUUCAGGUUAAGAACUUUGCUUCAAGAUGAGAACAGAAAUCGGGCUCUGGCGGCGCGGCGGCAGCAGGAGACCCCAUUAGCUAAAGUGGUGCUUCAGGUUAAGAACAGAUCUCCAGAACGAAUUAAGUUCUUAACCCGAGGUACCUCUCUCUCUCUCUCUCUCUCUCUCUCUCUCUCUCUCUCUCUCUGGUUUUUUACAUAUCAUUUCAACAAUCAUUUAACAUAACUUCUUAUCUUAUACAAUAUUUAGACUUCCAUCGACAACCUCUGAUGAUUUUCCGUUCUUUAUCACUUAUUCUGCAUUUCUUAAUUUCUCUAUUUCUCCUUAUUAUCAUCAACUAAUAAUUCUCCUCAUAGUUUUUCUUGCAAUAUUUCAAAUAGUCCUCCUUACAGAACUUCUUGCAGUCCUACUAGCGUAAUCUGUUCAUUACGAUUGCUUUUCAAAUAGUUCAUAUAUUUACUCCAGUCUUCUAAGAAUCUCUGGUCCCGCAGGUUUCGAAACCUUCCUGUUAAUUUAUCUAAUUCUGCAUAGUCCAAUAAACACGUUCAUCUUGCCCCAGCUUGAUUGAUGGAAUCCACUGCCAUCAACCUCUCCUUCACUGGAGGUUUUUAAGCAGAGGUUUGAUGGCCACCUGUCCGGGGUCCUUAAGCUGUGAUUGCUGCAUUGCAGAGGGUUAGACUAGAUGACUCUUGGGGUCCCUCCCAACUCUACAAUUCUAUGAUCAGAGGAGGAGGAGGUGUCUGUUAAUGUCUACCCGUCAUGGUGGCUGCAUGGCCUUCAGAGUCUGCCUCAUCUGCUAGGGAACAGCAGGAAGACAGGACUGUGCUUCCUGGAUAUGCCUGGCUGGCUACUCUAGGCCGCAUGGAUCUCUGGUCUGAUCCUGCAGCUGAGCUGUUCUGGAGGUAACUUCUGGCAUCCAGUGGUGGAUGCCUAUUCCAAAAGCAGGAGGCAGCAUCAUGGGAAGAGGAUGGGCGCCACCAGGUCUGCACUUGCCAGGGGAGUGACUCUUGUCCCAUGACGCCUGUCCAUGCGCAGCCUCAGGUGGGAAGGGCAUGUAUGCGCAUGCCCCUCCAUCCCCACCUCACAUUCCCUGGGGUUGCCAAGUGUAAUUCAUCACCACAGCUGAACGAAGCCAGGACUUCCAGAGGACAUUCCCUUUAGAGACUGGUGCCAGGAGGGUGUGUGUGCAUUCACAAAGCUUUGUGGGAAAGGAUCCCACAAAAGUCUUUCCGGAGGGCAACCAAUAUGAUAAUGGAUCCGGAAAGCAAGCCUUAUGAGGAACAGUGAAGGGAGCUGGGGAUGUUUAGCCUGGAGAAGAGGAGACUGAGAGGUGACAGAACAGCCAUCUUCAUAUAUAUCUGAAGGGCUACCACAUGGAAGAUGGAACUAGCCUGUUUUAUGCUGCUCCAGGGGGUAGGAUACAAAAAAAGGAAUUCAAAGGAGAUUCUGACCAUUGUAGAUUCAGAAGCAUUUUCCAAUGGUAAGAGCUGUCUGCAGGGGAAUGGACUUCCUCGUAAGCUGGGGGACCCCUUUUCAAUGAAGGUUUUAAAGCAGAGGUGGAAUUGGUCGUCAGUCCCAGACUCCUUAGCUGUGACUUCAUUGCAGGGGGGUUGGACUAGAUGACCCUUAAGGUCCCUUCCAAUUCUGCAAUUCUGUAAUUCUAUGAAAUGCUCAACAGACUCAAUUGUUAGAGGAAUGUAGGAAGGACCGUUCCAGUUCAGGAGAAUUAUGAACAGAAUUAUUAACAUUUAUUAAUUGUGACCAUCUUUAUCUUUCUAUAUUUCACAUAUGUAAGUUGCUUUUCAACAAGUACCCAUGAAGACAUGCAAGCCAUAAAAGAACACCAACAUUUCUCACUGAGAAAAGAGAUCGGUAAAGGGACCCCUGACCAUUAGGUCCAGUUGUGGACGACUCUGGGGUUGCGGUGCUCAUCUCGCUUUACUAGCUGAGGAAGCUGGCGUACAGCUUCCGGGUCAUGUGGCCAGCAAGACUAAGCCGCUUCUGGCGAACCAGAGCAGCGAACAGAAACACGUGUACCUUCCCGCCGGAGCAGUACCUAUUUAUCUACUUGCACUUUGACGUGCUUUCAAACUGCUAGGUUGGCAGGAGCUGGGACCGAGCAACGGGAGCUCACCCUGUCGCAGGGAUUCGAACUGCCGACCUUCUUUUCGGCAAGUCCUAGGCUCUGUGGUUUAACCCACAGUGCUACCCGCGUCCCUGAGAAAAGAGAUAUUUGCUGGUAAAAAGGAAGAAGUAUUUGUGUGCUUCCAAAAAAAAAAAUAAUACAAAACCCCUCGGAAUUACAGUACAUACUUUCUCCCUUUCUUUGCGAUGCUCUCUGCUUGACCUCUCCAGGAGAGGCUGUUCUCCACCCAGUCAGGAAACUGGGACAGGAGCCAGUAAGGGCUUGGGAUCUCACAGAGCAAGGAGUGCAUGUUCGGGAAGAGUCCUUGGCCGCGAGUUGGUCUAGAGCAGCAUUUUUGAGACUGUUACCAUCAACUGUUAAGCACCAUGUGAAUCUCAUUCCUCCUUAUCUGUCCUGAGGGUGGCCAGUCAGCAGUGAUGGAGCCAGGGUUCCUGUAUGAUUAAUACCUGUGGAGAAGAACUGUAGGUUUCAGCAGGUGAAGACACUCUCUUCUGCACAACUGUUAAAACCGGCAUUAAAGUACAGUUUGCCCUGACAGUAGCCCACUGGCCGCCAUCACCUUCACCUUCGUUUCCAAAGCCCUGUCCUGAAUAGGAAAGUCUUAGCCUGCUCAACAAAAGGUUAAUAAGAAGAAGGGAGUCAUCCUAAUCUCUCUUGGGAGGGGUCUCACAAUCUGGGAGCAACUGCAGAAAAGGCCCUCUCUCAUGUCACCACCAGCUGUGGAGAGGUGUUCACAAGAGGAUCUUAGCACCUGGGCAGGUUCAGACAGAGAGAUACAAUUAUCCGGGUAGCCUAGGGCCAAGUCAUGUAGGGCCUUAUAGGUCAUAACCAGCACUCUGAUGCCCAGAAAUGGAUUGGUCACCAGUGAUGUUGUUUUUUUAACAGGGGAAUAACAUUCUUUCCGUAACCAGGCCUCAGUCAGCAGUCUGACAGCAGCAUCUUGGACCAGCUGAAAACUUCCAAACACUUUGCAAAGGCAGCCCCACAUGGAGUGUGCUACAGUAGUCCAACUGGGAUGUAGCUAAGGCAUUGUAUCCUGUGAAGCACCAAACUCACAGUUCUGAGCUUUGUGCUUUAAUAAUGUAUAAUUAUUCCUUCUGUUUUAUUAAAUCCGAGAUGCCAAAACUCAUAGCACUGAAAUACUGGGUUUUUUCCUAAGCUCACCAUACUGUUUAAAAGGUUUUAAGGUUUCUACCAAGUUUUUAGUCUGCUUAUGGAAGGUUCAGGCCCACUUCUGGCAACACUUAGUAGCCCAUGCAUUUGGAAUGGGUGCUCAAAGACCCAUGGAUAGAGUUGGAGGGGCCCUCAAGGGCCAUCUAGUUCAACCCCUGCAAUUCUGGAAUCACAACUAAAUAAUCCCUGACAGGUGGCCAUCCGGCCUUUGUAUCAAAACUUCCAGGGAAGGAGAGUCCAGCACCUUUUAAGCUGGUCUGAUGUCAAACAGCUCUUAGCAUCAGAAAAUUAUUCUGAAUGUUUAGUCAGAAUCUCCUUUCUUAUAACUUGAAUCCAUUGAGUCCUACCCUCCAGAGCAGAAGAAAACAAGUUUGCUCCCUCUUCCAUGUGACAGCCCUUAAGAUAUAUGAAGAUGGCUAUCACAUCUCUUCUCAGUCUCCUCUUUUCAAGGCUAAGCAUACCUUGCUCCUUCAACUGGUCCUCAUAAGGUUAGUUUCCAGACCCUUGACCAUCUUGGUUGUCCUCCUCUUCACAGUUUGUCAAUAUCCUGCAGAACUGGGCACUAUUUCUGUUGAUGCAGCCAAUAACAACAACAAAAUAAUAAAGCUCAACAACUUUGCCCCCACCCCUCAAAAAAACUCAACAACAUUUGUGUCCGGAUUUUCAAUUUAUGAAAUAUGGCAACCCUAAUACAUACAUAACAUACAUACAAACAAACAUAGAUACAUCAUUUUUUCUUGUCUCCUUUCCAUAGUCCAAACCAGGGGUAGGCAACCUAAGGCCCGGGGGCCGGAUCUGGCCCAAUUGCCUUCUCAAUCCGGCCUGUGGAUGGUCCAGGAAUCAGCGUGUUUUUACAUGAGUAGAAUGUGUCCUUUUAUUUAAAAUGCAUCUCUGGGUUAUUUGUGGGGCAUAGGAAUUCGUUCAUUCCCCCCCCCCCAAUAUAGUCCAGCCCAUCACAUGGUCUGAGGGAUGGUGGACUGGCCCACGGCUGAAAAAGGUUGCUGACCCCUACUCCAAACCAUGCUCUAGGCAGCUCACAACAUGGGAAAAAAUGUAAUUACAAACAUAGCAAAAGUAGUCAAACAAUAAAUAAAACAUCAAAAAGUACACAACCAAAUAGAAUAAUUUCCACGUAAAUCACAAGAUGUAAAAGAAAGAUACAGGAAAGCAAUAUAAAUAACAAUCAAUGUCGCUUUUAAAGCUUGACUCAUCUGUAAGAUCCUUACGCAGCCACGCCAGUUUCUUUAGGUACCUCCCACUUUUCUUUCUUGUUGGAACUGUUUGUGAUUGUGCCUUAAACACCUCACCUUUAAGAAACUCCCGUCCAUCAUGGACUCCCAUUUCUAAUAAUGGGAUCUUGCCCAGAAGUUUUUUGAAACCAGCUUUCUUAAAGUCCAGAGUUUGACUACACUCAGCUUUCCCUUGCCUCUGUGUAAUCAGUCCCAAGAGGAAAUGCUCACUGCAUGAGGAAACCUUGCCUUGGGUCCAGGAAGCAGCAGGAGCCUUGAUAACUUCAUUUAUGAGCAACAGCUCAGCAGCUCAGUACAGCAGCUGGAUCAUGCUUUAGGCAAGGCUAAGGCUCCAACUAUCUCCCAUGAUGGAGGGACUCACAGACCAAAGAGAUGAGGGGGUUAGGACUAGGUGGCCCCUCAAGCCCCUUCAAACUCUACAAUUCAAUGAUUCAAUUAUAGAUCGAGUACGUCUCUCAAAGGAGAAGGAAACCCGAGACAAAUCUGGAGUGGAGUCCCUAAGAUAAUUGGCAGGCGCCUGGUAUGCCUCUGUCCUGCGGCUCCUGCAGCCAAUCUGGUGCCAAACCUUUUGCUCUGCUUUCCUUUGGACUACAUCAGCAAGGCCCAGAGGGGAGUCUUGUAGAUGUCUGGGCAGCCCAGGACCUCCAUACACAUGGCCCAGGCCUGUGCCCCCCCCCCCCCGGAAGGUUACUUCAGCGCUUAGCAAGAGCUCAGGGGUAUCAGCUGUUGUUUUAUUACAUUGGCCACUCAUUAUCUCUGAAGAUGCAAGGAUCUUCUCCAGCUCCAUUUACAGAGUUUGUUUAGUUCUUCCCCAUCUCGUAUAAACACAGCAUUCUCCAGCGUCCUAUUAAUUUAAGCUUACAAACUACAGCUGCAUCCCUGUUUGGCAUGUCAAGAAAAAGACAAUCGGCAACAGCUGCUGUGCAGCUGUGGGUGCUAAUGUCAUCCGUUGGCUCAGAGGUCUUGGCUCUUGGUGUGGAUUGGCCUGGGUGGGGCCAUGAUGAGACACCGAGAAGGACUAGGGACAGACAAAGUUUAUGGUUACGAGGACAUGGUAAUUUAAAAAACCCAAACACCCCAUGUUUCGGGGAUGUAUAAGUGGGGAUACCAAACAGUAGCAGAGGGGCUGUUGCCUUUGUGGCCUGCCUGGGGGCUUUAUAGAAAUCUCUAGUUGGCCACUCUUAGGAUCUGGGUGCUGGACUCUAUCAUUUGAUCUCGCGGGUUGAUUUGUAUUUUUUGGUCAACUAUGCCAGUGAGUUCAAGCCAUGGUUUUCCCAGUAGUGAUGUAUGGAAGUGAGAGCUGGAUCGCCGAAGAAUUGAUGCUUUUGAAUGAUGGUGCUGGAGGAGACUCUUGAGAGUCCCAUGGACUGCAAGAAGAUCAAACCUCUCCAUUCAGAAGGAAAUCAGCCCUGAGUGCUCACUGGAAGGACAGAUCCUGAAGCUGAGGCUCCAAGACUUUGGCCACCUCAUGAGAAGAGAAGACUCCCUGGAAAAGACCCUGAUGUUGGGAAAGAUGGAGGGUGCAAGGAGAAGGGGACAGAGGACGAGAUGACAGUGUUCUCAAAGCUACCAGCAUGAGUUUGACCAAACUGCAGGAGGCAGUGGAAGACAGGAGUGCCUGGCGUGCUCUGGUCCAGGGGGUCAUGAAGAGUGGGACACGACUAAACGACUAAACAACAAUGCCAGUGAGGUCUUGAGAUGUACUUCUGCACUGACUCAGCCUCAGAGCAUAAACUUGUUCAAAGUUGCAACAGACAGGCUCUUCUAGGAGCAGGUAGUUUUUUUACUAGAGACUCCCCAUGGGAUUCAUGCUGGUGAAUUCAGAUUGCUGGAAGCCCACUUCUUAAUGACACAAAACUCUUCCUGGAACCCCUUUUCGUACCAAGUAUCUAGGGCAGUAGCCUAUGUUAGUCCUGCUCAGAGUAGACCCAUUGAAAUUGAGGGUCUGCUCUGAGCAGGCUACAACUUGAGCAGACUACAACUUCUAGUUCACUGGUUUGGUUCAACACAGAGGAGUAGUGGGAGGAACCAAGUAAAUAAAGUUCAGAGCCUGGGGAUUGGUGGUGGGGUGGUGAUGGGCGGUCACAGGGAGAAGACUGGGAGGAGGACGUGUCGGAAGCUGAAGAGGUAACAGGGUUUAGUGAGCAGGGUGAGUCUGUGGCAGACUCCAGAAGCAGAAGCUGGCGAGGGAUAGGAUAGGAGGGAGGUCAAAAGACAGAGAUGAAGCACCCUUAUCUCCCAGAACCUGAAGAUGCAUUAAAAGGACAGAGGAGAGGUUGGCUGCGCACAACUUGGGGGAAAGCCCUGGAGAGGAGGAGACGUGGGCAGCUGUGGAGAGCUGGUGGCUUUCAGUCUCCAUGAUUUCAUGGAGGAAGACCCACCAGGAAUGAGCUGAUGUACUCAUUAGGCCUGACACUCAGCCAAGUCUGUGACGAUCAUGCUUUGCUAAUAAAGAGCUAACUCCAACUUCGGACAGUGAUUGCUGACUGGCACACUCUGGGACAAGUGGUCUUCAACUGUUCAGUCAGGACUCAGUAGUGGGUCGCAGUCUGGUGACCCAAGGCAAGUCACGAUGGGAGCGCUACCACCAUGCAAAUAUGUAGUAAAAGAUUAAGAAAUGGGUCCCCAAAUGUAGGAAGUCAGGCCAUUGGCCAUCUAAAUAAAUAAAUAAACAAACAAACACAUUUUUAUUUAUACCCCGCCCUUCCCAGUUCAGGAAACCGGGCUCAGGGUGGCUAACAACAAAUUUAAAACACUUAAUUGAUGCUACAAAAAAAGCAUAAAAUACGGUAUAAAGUGUAAAUAACAAUAAAAUCAAAAAACAAUUUAGGGAGGAAAAUCCAUCCAAUAAACAUUAGAUGAUCACCAGGGCUAGCUGGCUAAAUUAGUCCCACUUGGGCCAGCGAGGAGGCCAGGGGAGAACCAGUUGUGGGAUCCCAGAACGGGUAAUCUUCAUAAAAAGGGGAGAGGAAGGGAAGGAAGGGGAAUAAAAGAUCAGGCUAAGUUCAAAUUGAAAUCCAGGUGGAAUAGUUCUGUCUUACAGGCUCUGCGGAAGGAGGUUAAAUCCUGAAUGGCCCUAGUCUCCUGGGACAGAGCAUUCCACCAGGUUGGAGCCAUCACUGAGAAGGCCCUGGCCCUGGUGGAGGAUAGUCUGACUUCCUUAGGGCCCGGGACCUCUAAACUAUGGUUAUUCAUGGACCUUAAGGUCCUCUGUGGGGCAGACCAGGAGAGGCACAAGUAUGAGGUCCCUAAGCCACAAAGGGCUUUAAAGGUCUAGCUCAAUAUUGUCUACACUCUCAAGGAUUUUAGGCAGGAAGCCUCUCUCAACCCUACCUGGAGAUGCCAGGAAUUGGACCUAGGAAUUCUGCCUGUUUGGGUCCCGGGUCUGAAGUGACUGAAUAUACCUGCCCUAGUUUGUAUCUAGUUAUCUGACCAGAUUGAAAACAGGCAGAGAUUCUUGGCUGUAACUGAGAGGUUAUCAGCUACCUGUCAGGGUCAUCUGUCCUAAUCUUCUAAUGCAGAUAAUUUGGGCUUCUUGGCUCAACUUGGCUGCAUGCUUUUAAAAUUAUCCUGAGCACUUGGGGGGGAAAAGGCAAGGGGUCUGUGUAGAAAUUGUUCCUUCAUCAAUGGCCUCGUUUUCUCUUCCCCCUCCUGCCACACCCUCUUGCAAUGGCCAAUUUGCAAUGAAAAUCCAACCCCAGGCCCCUUUCUUUUGUAAAGAGAUCCCGUGUGCUUCUAAAUUUCCUUUGCGUGGUUAGGUGGCCUGGAGAAGGACAAGUCCUACAUUGUGCUAGUGGCGGCCUCAUUUGCUUAAAGCCUCCAAAGGUGUGGAAAUCUGCUAUCAUCGGAUUCCCAAAUUCCCCUAAUCUCUGAUGACUGCAAUAGCUUUACUCAUGUGUGCCUAUGCAGGAGUUGCAGAUUGGGGGCCGGCACCAGCCCAGCACAGCAACUUGUUCAGAGACACAGUAAGCAGCCUCUUCCCAGGAGCAGGUAGUUUUCCAGCGUCUCUCCAAGGGGAAUUAUUCAAUUGUUCUGUCACACAUUGGAGUGGUCUACUGGCAGAGUUAAGGAAUCAUAGAAUCAUAGAAUCAUAGAGUUGGAAGAGACCACAAGGGCCUUUGAGUCCAACCCCCUGCCAAGCAGGAAACACCAUCAGAGCACUCCUGACAUAUGGUUGUCAAGCCUCUGCUUAAAGACCUCCAAAGAAGGAGACUCCACCACACUCCUUGGCAGCAAAUUCCACUGUCGAACAGCUCUUACUGUCAGGAAGUUCUUCCUAAUGUUUAGGUGGAAUCUUCUUUCUUGUAGUUUGGAUCCAUUGCUCCGUGUCCGCUUCUCUGGAGCAGCAGAAAACAACCUUUCUCCCUCCUCUAUGUGACAUCCUUUUAUAUAUUUGAACAUGGCUAUCAUAUAGGAGGUGAGCUUGGAGCAGCUGCUGAGACAGAGAAGCAGCAGGGAGAGUUUUCUAUUAUGUUGUGGGGGGGUGUAGGCUAAUUAUUUGAUUCAUCUUACCCCAUGCCAAACCUGGUGCCUUGCAGCUACAAUUCUCAUCAGCCUCAGAUUUCCCAACCCAUACUUCCAUGGGCAGCAAAAGCGCAAGCAAAAUGGUCCAGGGGUUGGAGCAAUUUCCCUAUGAAGAAAGGUUGCAGAGUUUGGGACACUUGGGUUUAGAGAAAAGGCGUAUAAUAAUAAUAAUAAUAAUAAUAAUAAUAAUAAUAAUAAUAAUAAUAUUUUAUUAUUUAUACCCCGCCCAUCUGGCUGGGCUUCCCCAGCCACUCUGGGCGGCUUCCAAAAAAAUAUUAAAAUACUAUAAUACAUCAAACAUUAAAAGCUUCCCUAAACAGGGCUGCCUUCAGAUGUCUUCUAAAAGUCUGAUAGUUGUUGUUCUCUUUGACAUCUGGUGGGAGGGCAUUCCACAGGGAAGGCGCCACUACCGAAAAGGCCCUCUGCCUGGUUCCCUGUAGCUUUGCUUCUCACAGCGAGGGAACCGCCAGAAGGCCCUUGGAGAUGGACCUCAGUGUCCGGGCAGAAUGAUGGAGGUGGAGACGCUCCUUCAGGUAUACUGGACCGAGGCCGUUUAGGGCUUUAAAGGUCAGCACCAACACUUUAAAUUGUGCUUGGAAACGUACUGGGAGCCAGUGUAGGUCUUUCAAGGCCGGUGUUAUGUGGUCUCGGCGGCCGCUCCCAGUCACCAGUCUAGCUGCCGCAUUCUGGAUUAGUUGUAAGAGGUGGCAUGAUAGAAGUUCAUAAAAUUAUGCAUGGCAUGGGGAGUGGAUAGAGAAACAUUUUUCUCCCUCUCGCAUAAUACUUAGAACUCAUGGGCAUCCAAUUAAGCUUACUGUAGGAAGAUUCGGGGCAGGUUUUAAAAAGUCCUUCCUCACGCAGCACAGAGUUAAAAACCAGGGAACUCCUUCCUUCCCCCAGGAGGCAGCGAUGGCCACAAUCUUGGAUGGUUCUAAGAGAGGAUUGGACAAAUCCAUGGAGGAGGAGAGAGCUAUCAAUGGCUCCUAGCCACAAUGGCUAUGCUCUGCCUCCACAGUUUGAGACAGCAAUGCUCCUGAGUCCCAGCUGCUGGAAAUCGUGGGCAGGAGAGUGCUCUUGUGCUUGACUCCUGCUUGCUAGACUCCCACUGGGGCACCUGGUUAGCCAGUGAGAUACCAGGAUGCUGGACUAGACAAGCCUGAUCCAGCAGGCCCUUUUAAUGUUCUUAUGUUAGCAGCAAGGUCAGUGAAAAAGGGAGGUUCCUGCCCUAAUGAGACUACCAACUUAAUGUCUGGCAGUAGAGGCAGUAACAGAGGCAAGAAGAGCAAGGAGCCUGGCCACACUGAAAGCUGCUCCCCUUCAAACUUCUAGAUGCAUAGGUUCUGGGAUAACCCAGAGGCUUGGGGGGAGCUGCUGGUUCCUCCCAGUGUAUGCUGCUAGCCUCUGAUCCAUUUCCAGAGGAUGUGGAGCAGGAGUUUGGCUCCAGCGGUGGGGUGGAGUCUGCCUGGAAGGUACUGUUUCAUCAUCUACGCUUUCUGCUCCUGUGCUCUGGGCCACGUCUACCCCUUUGUUUGUUUAGCUCAGAUUGCUUCCUUAUCUCAGCACUCUGUUUAAUGGGGCUAUAAAAAAGCAUGGGGCCUGGAUCCCUUGCCAGCAGGGUUGAUUUGUGAUGGGAAACCCCUUGCUUCUUCAGUUGCCUAACUUUGCUACAAGGCAAGGCAACCUUCUUCAAGCCCAGUCCAGCCAAGGACAACCAUGUCCCACUUGGCCAAACAGCGGAAGCUGGGUGACAUCAGAUAUGACCCUGAGCUCAACUAAAAUCCAGCACAUAUGUUUUCCCAAGCUGGCCAGAGAACUCUGGACAAACCUCCACACCCUCUGAGCUCUACAGUUGUAGACAAACACCAGGAAGAUUCAGGAGGAAUAAAAGGAAGUCCUGUUAAAUAAAAGGAAGUUAAAACUAUGGCACUUGCUUCCACAGGGGACAGUGAUGGCCCCAUACCUUAAAAGAGGAUUGAACAAAUUCAUGGAGAAGAAGGCUAACAAUGGCUACUGUUACCAGAAAAAUGCCCAUUGCAUAUCCUACCCCCUUUUCCUUUCUCUAUACAGUAUAUCUGUUGUGUGCCACUGUGAUAAGAAUUUUAAGGUCUUAAAGGUAAAGGUAAAGGGACCCCUCACCAUUAGGUCCAGUCGUGGCCGACUCUGGGGUUGCAGUGCUCAUCUCGUUUUACUAGCUGAGGAAGCCGGCGUACAGCUUCCGGGUCAUGUGGCCAGCAGGACUAAGCCAUUUCUGGUGAACCAGAGCAGCGCACGGAAACGCCGUUUACCAUCCCUCCAGAGUGGUACCUAUUUAUCUACUUGCACUUUGAGGUGCUUUCGAACUGCCAGGUUAGCAGGAGCAGGGACCGUGCAACAGGAGCUCACCCCGUCGUGGGGAUUUGAACCGCCGACCUUCUAAUUGGCAAGUCCUAGGCUCUGUGGUUUAACCCACAGCGCCACCCGGGUCCCUAACCCUUUAAGGUCUUAGGUAUAUAUUAAAUGUUCAUAAAUGUACCAACCAAGCACGUACAUAGAUCAGCACAGGAAGACCAACCUGAAACCAUUUUUGAUUCCUAAACUGAAUAUCCCCAGGAUAUACAUGAAAAUAAGUGUAUAUUUAUGCCAUAUACUUUGUUACGGUAAAAUCUGGGUGUGAGGCUACUCUGCCACCCAGCUCGUCGGACUAAGUCCGCGGGUCCCUGCGGAAGAAAAUGAGCUCAGCCGGAGACAGGAGCAAACUGCAGAAGAUCCAAGUUUAUUGCGCAACAGGUUCAAGACGAGAUUGAACAGCGAGAAAGGGGUGACAUGAACUUUUGAAAUUCCCUCCAUGUCCCAGAAUACAGUGCAAAAUACAUCCCAGUUACAUCAUGAAUACAUUAAGAAGAGGUUGGGUUACACAGAUUACAUCAUGAAUACAUUAAGAAGAGGUUGGGUCACACAGGAUUAACAUAUGGAGGAGGGAGGGGGGAAUAUGCAGAGCUGGAGAUAUGCGCAGAUAAGCACAUCCUGAGUACCUGAUGAGAAGACAAUGGUCCAUGUAUGCAUGGUCUGCCACCUGGCCUUGCCUGGAGGAAAGGCUUGGCAGAGUGAUUUGACAGGAUUAGGGUCUUGACACCUUGCUUGAGGGGUUAUGGAGGACAGGGGAGGUGUCAUGGAGUCCUAGAGAAAUUGAGCAAAUUGGCACGUUGAUUUUCUAUGAAUUUUAUAGAUUUUAGUCCCUUUUGACAUUGACAAUUGGAAAUAAAUGGAUAUAUUGUAGCGAAGAAGGAGGUGAAGAAGACAUGCCCCCCUGUAUCAACUUUCACCUGAGUUUCCCCAUGGAACAAUGUAUUCUUGCCUCAUUGCAUUCUGGAAAAUCCCCCAUGAUUCCCCUAGCCAGAGAUAAGGUAGGCAGAUAACCAUCAGGGGAAGUUCCUGAAUCUGCCAUUGUUUGCUCAGAUGUUCUGCAUAGGGAAUGUCUGCUGAGCAUCCUGAUUGUCUUCAUCAAAUGCAAAUGCUUUGUGUAAAACUGUGUCUGGAACCACAAGAAACUUGCUAAAUCUUUAGGAAUACCACGCCUUGACCUACCUGAGCCAUUGUAACCCCAUAUUAGGUGUAAUGUAUUUCUGAUUUUGUUUGCAAAAGGGGAUGUUCUUUUCCAUGCUGAAAGGCAAACCUUUAAAAAGAGUGGUUUUUCUUGUUUCUGGGUCCUUCACCUCCUGACAAAAAGGGGGGGGGGACUAUUGCAACAGAUCAUAAAAGAUCAGCUUUGCUUUCACUGGAUUUCUGCUUCAGCUCAUUAAUCUCUGACCAGUAACGAACUUGGGGAGUUUGGCCAUCAAAAGGCACCCCUCCCCUAUUUUCUGGUAACACUACUAGCCCUGGUGGCUGGGCUUUGCCUCUGUGGUCAGAGGCACUAAUGCUUCUGAAUGAUUGCUGGAAGCCACAGGAGGAGCGGGGGGCUUGAGCUGAGAUCCUGCUUGCGGACUUCCCAUUGGGACAUCUGGUUGACCACUGUGAGAGCAGGAUGCUGGACUAGAUGAGCCACUGGCCCGAUCCAGCCUUGAGUCUCUUCUUAUGCAUUUGGGGGAAUCAUCACAGAAAGUGGAACGUUGGGUGGACAGCCCAUUGUUAUUGCAGGAGAUCCCUAAAAAAGCCAGUGGUCUCAAGGGAUCCUGACUUUCUUUGUAAAUCAACAUCUGGCUUAAAGAAGAGGUCAGUUCAUUUGAAAACACUGGUCCCUUUUUAUGAAGCUUGAUGCCUCUUCAUAGUGUCUUGAUAGGUAGGCAGAACUUAAAAGUAAUACAGAGCCAGUUCUAAUGUAGAGUAAUUGUGGUGUUUUGGACAGUUAUAUGUAGAUCUCUGUUCGUAAAUCGUAUUUCCUCUUUGCUGUUCUUUUCAUUUGCGAAUGGAAUCACUUGCCUUAGAAUACAAUCCCUGUACACACUUAAUUGGGAGUUAGCCUAUUGAACCCAUUGGAAUUUGCUUCUGAGUAUAACAGUUUCUAUAAUAGCCAGCUGAAACAAUUCUGGGGUAGGAGGUGCUUGCCCUGCUUCCCAUCUGCCCACCCCACUCAGGCAGUCUGAUGGAAUAGCUGCCCCCAAGAUGGCAACGGAGGGAGCGCUGGCCUGGUGGAGCUGGCCUGUCACCGCAUAGCAGAUGGAGUGAUAAACUGUUGGCCAUCUAAUUUUACAUGCCAGAGAUUUCAUAUUGCGUGCUAGAUGCUUGUAUACUGCACAGUAUCAAAUCAACAAUAAAUAAAUCUCUUGAAACCAAUAGACUUAUGAAGAAUAUUAUGAACAAGAGACUCAAACGUGGCUCAGGGAAGCUUACAGUAGGACUGUCCAAGUAAUGGAUACUCAAAUAUCAAUAUGCUGCAUAAUUUGGACAUGUCACUGUGAGAAGCGAGAAGAAUAUGUCUGCCAUACUUAUCAUUACAGCCACUUCUAUUUUUCUAGAAAAAGAGGUGCCGGAACUCACCAUGAACACCUCCCUUGUUCUCUUAUAAUGGCAAUGGCACCCACCUGAGAGGUGGCAGAACUGAGUUCUGGUGAGUUCCAACUGGAAAAAAGUGCCCUUAGAGCGGUACUUAUACCGACAGUGAACAUUUACUGUUAAGAGCAGUGCUGCAUCAUCUAGAUUCACUGUUUUUGGAGUCAAAACAAAAUUAAAAAAUUCCUUCCCGUAGCACCUUAGAGACCAACUAAGUUUGUUAUUUGUAUGAGCUUUUGUUGCAUUCACACUUCUUCAGAUAGUACAAGAGUGUACAAGUUUUCAGAGUGUACAAGUCCUGCUUAUAUCUCACCUUGAUCACUCAGAUCAUCUGCAGGGAGAAGAUGACAAGACUCAUUUGACAGCAACAAGCAGCUGGGCCUAUAGUCUUACCAGUCCAGUCUUAUGGAACGCUCUGCCACUAGAGACUCAGCAGGCACCUUUCGUUUCAACAUUUAAACGCCUGCUGAAAACUCUUCAAUUUUGCCAAGCCUAUGCUUGGCAAAGAACGCAUCUUUCCACAAUAGUUGAUUCCUUGAUUCCUGAUUUUGAUUGUUUUAUGUAGUUUUUGCUGUAUGAUUUUUGGGUGCAAUUGUUUGCAAGCUGUUACGAUCUUUUUAUGAAGAGCAUUUUUAAUAAAUAAAAAGUGACAAUCAUUUGUUUUCUCUCCCCGCCCCCUCCUGCCCCACACAGUGAAUCCAUGCUGCUAUUUCCCAUGCCAACACAAGGGCGUGUGUGUCCGGGUUGGCACAGAGGGCUACGAAUGCGAUUGCACCCGGACCGGCUACUUUGGCACAAACUGCUCUCUGCGUGAGUAUCCCCGUGGCCUUUCUGCAAGAUGGGCAAUGGUGUAAGGGUGGAUAAAUAAGCAGAUUCCAGAUGCUGAAGGGUCCAGAAACGGUGGGGAAAACUGCUUAUCAUGGAAAACCUUCUUGUUGCCGCUGUUCUACCGUUACACGCCACCUCAGUCUCUGAGUGGUGAGAGGCUCCAGGAGGUCCAGGGGCUCACCCAGGCUUUGGUUUCCUUGGAAGUAAGGUCACUGGAGACUGUGGGGUCUUCAGGGUCUGUGAUUUAUUUACACCCAUAGACAGCCUGAGCAUAGGAAGGAGGGGCUGACAGCAUCAUUACCCCAGCAUAUCUUGCUUGGAUCCAGCACAAAGCAAGCAGGUCUCUGUGUCUCCAGCUCCCAGUCUUCUUUUUUAGUUCAUCUCUCUCUCUCUCUCUCUCUCUCUCUCUCUCUCUCUCUCUCACACACACACACACACACACACACUGGCUAUUAUCUGUAGCCAGUGCCACUUAUGCUGAUCGAAGCAGUUGAGUGGGCACAUGUAGAGUAAGGCAAUUUUGUGGUUAGCUGUUGAUAGCUAUUAGCCAUUAAUCAUAAUCAUAAAUUUUUUUAUUUAUACCCCGCCCUCCCCAGCCAAGGCUGGGCUCAGAGCGGCUAACACCAGGUGUAAAAACAAUUGAUUAAAACACAACAUUAUAAUGCAGCCUCAUUUCAGUAGAAACUCAAAUCAAAAACUUUUUGGGGAUGAAAAUGUCAAAUCUUCACCAAGGCCAACUAUCCAGACUGGUCCUACGUGGGCCAGAAGAAAGCCAGGGAUUAUGGAUAGAAAGGGGGUAAACCUCCAUGUUCAUCUACCUGCGAAUACCAGUUGAGGCACGUUGCUUCAGUGCCUCCAUUUGUUAGGCUCCCCAGAGAUAAUCUGCUUGGCUGUCAUGGAAAACUAGAUGCUGGAUUGGGUGGGCUGAGCUUUGGCAUUAUCCAGCCGGGCUCCUCUGGCAACAUUCUGAUAGGAACAAAGGGAGCAGCAUUAUACUGAGUCAGACCUCCGGUCCAUCCAGUUUAGCGUUGUCAACACUGACAGGCUGUCCAGGCUUUCAUAGGAGGAAAUUCCCUGCCCUACCUGGAGAAGUCAUUGGGGACUGAACCAUGCAUGAAAAGCAGAUACUUUGCCCCUGAUAGCUAAGAAGGAAGCCUCCAAGUCUAGUGGCAGACUACCUCCAAAUACCAGGUGCUGGGGCCAAGCAACAGGGGAGGAGGGGGGUUGCCUGCCUGCUUUCUGGGCACAUCUGGAUGGAGGCUGUGGGAACAACAGGAUUCUGGAUGAGCAGGGAUUUUUUAGCUGUAAUUCCUGAAUUGCAGAGGAUUGGAGUAUAUGACUCUUUAGGUCCCUUCCAGUGUGGUGUAGCGGAGAGUCAGUGUGGUGUAGUGGUUAAGAGUGGUGGACUCGUAAUCUGGUGAACUGGGUUUGCUUCCCCGCUCCUCCACAUGCGGCUGCUGGGUGACCUUGGGCCAGUCACACUUCUCUGAAGUCUCUCAGCCCCACUCACCUCACAGAGUGUUUGUUGUGAAAGGAGAUGGUUAGCCGCUUUGAGACUCCUUAGGGUACUGAUAAAGUGGGAUUUCAAAUCCAAACUCUCCUUCUUCUUCUUCUUCAUCAUCAUCAUCUAACUCUAUGAUUAUACAAUAUUUGUGUUUUCUUUCCCAGCGGAGUUCUGGACGCGGUUGCGCGAUGCCCUGAAGCCAAGCCCAGCCUUCUAUCAUUUCAUCCUGACCCACUUCCAGUGGUUCUGGACCAUUGUCAACAACACCUUCAUCCGGGACACUUUGAUGCGUUUGGUGCUGACUAGUAAGUGAAGAGCAGUAGAUUGAGAGCGGGACUUAGGGUGAUGGGGGGGGGGCAGUCUCUAUGACCAGCAAACAAACAACUCUUACCUCCCAAAAGUGAGCUUUUGAGCAUUAUUGCGCAAGGGGGCCAGGGAAUUAUCCCAGGAAUCCUGAGGUCUUGGCAAGAAGGAUCCAUAUCCUAUCGAUGCUUCCAGCAGUUCACCCAGGUUUCCCACUAAUUAGCAUGGAGGACACAAUCCAUUUGGCCGAUUCACUCCUACAGGAGGCUGUGAUGGCUCCUAGCCAAAAUGGCUUUGCUCUGCACAUUUGGAGGCAGCAAUCAUUCCAAAUAUCAUUUGCCAGAAACCGCAGGAGAGGAGAGGGCUCUUGGGAAUGGAUCCAGUGUGCCAGUUUCCCUCGGGGAUCUGGAGAUUUCAUGCUCUACAGAACAAGCCACACUGGCAACGAAUGGGAGAUCCCUAAGAGCAGGGGUCGGCAACCUAAGGCCCAUUGGCCACAAGCAGCCCAUGGGGGUCGUUUAACCGGCUCAUGAGCCACCCCCGAACUGAGCCGUCCGCUUGGCGAGUCCCCACGCACUGCACUAAACCGGCACAGCACGGCGCAGGGACUCGCUUCCAUGGCGCCGAAAACCGUGUCUGUGCAGACACAGACGCUGGAAAUCGCGGGCCACGGAGGGAUCUCCUCUGGAGUGAACCGGCCCAGGUUAGGUAAACCUUCCCCACCCCUGCCCAUCACUGUGGAGGAAGGUGUCAGUUGGCCAGUGUUCCAUGGAGGUUUAUUUUGCACUCUUCUCUCUCUCUUUCUCUGCAGUCCGAGCCAAUCUCAUCCCCAGUCCACCCACGUACAAUUCCGCCCACGGCUACAUCAGCUGGGAGUCCUACGCCAAUGUCAGCUAUUUCACUAGGGUGCUCCCACCGGUGCCCACCGACUGCCCCACACCAAUGGGAACCAAAGGUGGGUGCAGCUCAGCAAGGCCUCCAACGCAGCUCAGCUUAACUUUUCUCUUGAGAUAGCAUUAGCGAAAUCUGCUCCGUAUCAAGUCCAUUCCUGCCUUCACAGCUGUGUCACAUGGCUUAACUUUUCCGAGAGAUGAAAGUGGUGUAGUGUGGGAGUUUCUGUUGAUAGCAUCUAGGUGUGGGCUGGCAAGGAGGGCUGUGUUCUUAGGGAGGGGACGCAGCUCAGGGCGAGGGUUUGUUUAUUUAUUUGUCUCGUCAGUGAUAGGUUCAAUAACAGGCACAGAACUGAAGAGUUUGGAAGGGGCUCUUUCAAAUUGUCUAGCCUGACCCAAUGCACAGUGCGAGCAAGACCUACAAACCAAGCCUUAUGAGGAAUGGUUGAAGGAAUUGGAUAUGUUUAGCUUGGAGAAGAGGAGACUGAAAGGAAAUAUGAUAGCCAUCUUCAAAUACCUGAAGGGCUGUCACAUGGAAGAGGGAGCAAGCUUGCUUUCUGCCUCUCUGGAACCAACGGCUUCAAGUUACAAGAAAGGAGAUUCCGACUCAACAUCGGGAAGGACUUUCUCACAAUAAGAGCUGUUCAGCAGUGGAGCAGACUCUCUAGGGAGGUUGUGGACUCUCUCUUGUUUUUGAACAGAGCUUGGCUGGCCAUCUGUCAUGUGAUUUCCACAUUGCAGGGGGUUGGACUAGAUGACCCUUUGGGACCCUUCCAACUCUACAAUUCUAUGCUUCCGUCUGCAACUCAGGAUAUUACAACUGCAGCAUCCUUGCUGCCUGAAUAUUUCCGUCCAGGAGAGGCCACUGCCUGCUGUGGAGGAGGUUUCCUCACUAGAAAGUUCUGAGAGUGUCUGUUCUACUAUCAGACUCAGUCGCCUCACCUCAGAAAAGGAUGUUUCAGGGUUGGGCAAGAUUCAGAAAAGGGCAGCCCAGAUGAUCAAGGGGACACUAUGACUCUCCUGCAAGGAAAGGUUGCAGUGUUUGGGACUUUUUAGUUUAGACCAUGAGUAGGCAAACUAAGGCCCGGGGGCUGGAUCCUGCCCAAUCGCCUCCUAAAUCCGGCCUGUGGACCGUCCGGGGAUCCGCAUGUUUUUACAUGAGUAGAAUGUGUGCUUUUAUUUAAAAUGCAUCUUUGGGUUAUUUGUGAGGCAUAGGAAUUAGUUCAUUAUUUAUUUUUCUCAAAAUAUAGUCUGGCCCCCCACAAGGUCUGAGGGACAGUGGGCUGUCCCCCUGCUGAAAAAGUUUGCUGACCCCUGGUUUAGACAAAAGGUGACAUGAUAGAAUAGAAAAUGUAUUUCUUGCAUUUGUGUCCCAGCUUUUUCUCCAAGGCACUCAAGAUGGCUUGCAUGGUUCUCCCUCUCCUAAUUUAAUCUCCUGUGAGGUAGGUCAGGCUGAGAGACUGUGACUAGCGCAAGGUCACACCCAGGGAACUUCAUAGCUGAGUGGGGAUUUGAAUCCUGGUCUCCCGGGUUGUAGUCCACUACACUAACCCCCAUACCAUCCUGGCUCUCUCACAAAACUAUGCAAGGAAAUGGAUUGAGAAAAGUUGUUAUCUCUCUCGCAGAGCUACAACUCCCAGAGUGGCUUAAUAAUCAAUCCCUCUUCAUCCAGAGUUCUGGGAAUAGUAGUACAUCUGUGAGGAAAACAGGGAAUCUCCUAACGGCCUUCACCACCCUUAACAAAUUAACAGUUCCCAUAAGCCUUUGUGGGAAGCCGCAACUGUUUAAAGUGGUGUCAUAGCGCUUUAAACGUACUGUGUGAACAUGGCCUUCAUAUCAUUCUGGGCACCUUUUGAGGAUAUUGAAGAAAUCUUGUGAGAAUACUUAUCAACCAAAGUGACUGCUCCCGUUGUCAGAAGGAAAGUGUGGCUUCAGAAAACAAAGCAAAGGUGCCUUUAGCUCUGUACUCCAACAAUUUGACAACUGGCCCAGCUAAAGUUGGUGGAUCUCCUAAGUACAGACUUGUGGGUCUGAUUUUAUGGCCUGUUUCUUAAAUGAGUUGGAGUCCAUGCACAUCAAAACUCCCCCUCUAGUUGGUGGGUGUGUGUUCCUAUUUGCUCUCCUGCUGUGUGUACCUUCCAGCCAGAGCUACUAAACCUUGAUAUGAACUAACUCCAUUGAAAAGCCUGUCUUUGAGCUGCUUGGAUGGGAGUCUUUGUAGUGGUCCAUUCACAUAUGAAAGCCACCACUCAAUUCUGCAGCUGUUUACUAUCACCUUUAACCACUUCAAUUUUGAUUUUCAAAAGUUAGAAAAGAUGAGUCCCACGAGCGACUGGUGUGUACCUGAAGGCAGACCUGUUUAGGGAAGCAGUUAAUGUUUAAUAGACUAUUGUAUUUUAAUAUUUUGUUGGAAGCCGCCCAGAGUGGCGGGGUAUAAAUAAAUUAUUAUUAUUAUUAUUAUUAUUAUUGGUGGUGUUUCCUAUAAGGGCACACCUGAGUCCCCUGCCUUGGCUACAGGGGUCUUGCAGCUUUAGCUGUGACUCCUGCACUGCAGGAAAUUGGAUUAAAUGGCCUGAGUUGGGGUCUCUUCCAACUCAGCUGUUCUAUGAUUCUAUUAAAUAGAUGGACAGGAGAGAUGAACUCUUAGCCACACGCCAGAGGGGCAACCUUGGAAUUGGUUUUUCAUUCCUCCCUUGCAGGUCCGCCGCAGCUUCCUGAUGCGCAGCUGGUAGCUGAAGAGUUUUUCCUGCGCAAGAAGUUCCACCCGGACCCCCAGGGGACAAACUUGAUGUUUGCGUUCUUUGCCCAACACUUCACUCACCAAUUCUUCAAGACAUCUGGGAAGAUGGGCCAUGGCUUCACCAGGGCUCUAGGCCAUGGGGUGAGCAGAACCCUAGCAUGCUAAAUCCUGGGGGCCUUCAAAGCCUCAUCCUGGGUCUCCUGCUGCAGAAUUAAGGGCAUGGAGUGACCCUCAAAGGUGGUCCCCCCCCAGUACAACAUUGAUAUGCACCGCUUGAUUUCUUUUAAAAAAAAAGAACCACAAAGUGGCUUGCAAAAAGAUAAAACAAACAAACAAAAUCAAGACAAAAUUACAACAGUACUUUAAAACAUACAAAAGUUAAAACACCAAAGCAGUUUGGAAUUAUCUCAACUGGGUAGGCUUGAUACGAUACGAUAAUCUUUAUUGUCAUUGUCCCAUACAGAACAACAAAAUUGACAAAUCUACAUAAAACAUUCAAAACCCAACAAGCCUGCUAUCCGAGCUAUCCCAGCCUGGUUAGCCCCCUAAAAACUCUGAUACCCCAUAAUUAAACACAAUAUACUCCCAUAGAGACUACCUUGCACUGCGUUUAAAACCAAAAUCCCGUUUGGAUAGAAACUUUCUCAGACGGCUAGUCCUCGUCUUUAUAACCCUGUACCUUCUUCCAGAAGGCAGAAACUGGAAGAGAUCAUUUCUGGGGUGCGCACUAUCCUGCGCUAUCUCUGCAGGUUUAUUAUGACACCUGGAAGCGUAGAUUUGAUCUAAGGUGGGAAGAGUGCACCCAAUUAUUCUCUCCGCAGUCUUUACAACCCUGGACAGCACUGUUUUUCCCCUGACCGUGCAGCUCCCAAACCACACACACAGACCAUAAGUUAAUACACUCUCAACAGUACAAUGGUAAAAUGCCUUGUCCAAACAAGGACACUUUUAGCAGGCACCGCGAAAAGUACAUUGAGGGUUCCUCUGCCUGAUAUCAAGAGGCAGGGAGUUCCAAAGUGUAGAGGCUGCCACACUAAAGGACCAAGUUUUUACCAAAGCGGGACGGGUAUUAUGUCGCCCCUGUAACUCUGCUAUCUCUGCCGAUCAAAGUGGUUGAGUGAGCAUAUGUGGGGUAAGGGGGUCUCGUAGGUAAACUGGUCCCAGGUUGUUCAGGGCUUUGUAUACCAACAGGAACACCUUGAAGUUGGGCCAGUAGCAAAUGGGCAACCAGUGCAGGUCUCUGAGCACAGGUAUUAGCAACCACGCUGCAGCCUUCUGCACUAACUGCAGCUUCUGGAUCAGGCACAAAUGAAGUCCCGCACAUUGCAGCCUUGAUGAAGGGGUGGAAGAAAACAUGGUGGAAUGGAGAAAAGACAGAGCUUUUUCUAGGGCCAAGUGGAGUGCCCACUUCUGCAGCUGCCUGGGUUCAAGGCCCUUGGAAGGUCAAUGGUGGCUUCACAUUUAAAAGAGCUAUGCAGAGUUCAGUGAGGGUUGCUUUAGCCCGGGGCUUCUGUGAGCAAUGCUUGGGCUCCAUUGAAUGAUGGAUCACCCAUGAGGAAAAGAGAAUUCCAGUGGAUACAGAAAGGAGCGUAAAACAGCAUGUGAAGAAUGAGUUUCUCUUGGCAUUGGGUGACAAAACAAACCAUAUGUCAAAUGGAAGCAUGUAUACCACCUUGCAGGCGUACACAUCCUGAAAGGUUGGUUAAAUGCCACCCUAAUCUCCCAAGUAGUGAGAGACUCCAGGGGUUCCAGGUGCCUACCCAGGUUCAGUUUCCUUGAGACGAAGGUCAUCGGAGAUUGUGGUGUCUUUAGGAUACAGUGGUACCUCUGGAUGCGAACGGGAUCCGUUCCGGAGCCCCAUUCGUAUCCUGGAGCAAACGCAACCCGCAUCUGCGCAUGCGCGGGUCACGAUUUGCCACUUCCGCGCAUGCGUGUAACGUCAUUUUGAGCGUCUGCGUUCCGUUACUUCCGGGUCACCACAGAGCGCAACCCGUAAACGUUCAACCUGAAGCUACUUCAACCCGAGGUAUGACUGUAUGUAGUUUUAUUCACACAUAUAUACAACCUGAGCGUAAGAUGGAGAGACUCACAGCAUUAACAUCCCAAUGGGUUUUGGGAUCCAGCACAGAGCAAGUGUUUCUCUGGGUCUCCAGCUUCCAGCCUGCAUUUUUCAGCUCAUUUCCCACAUACCACCCUGGCUCUUGUUCUCCUACCUAGCAGCCAGGUGAGGAGGGAAAGGAAAGACCUGCCCAUCAGCCUGGAGGGCCUCAUCCCUUCAUUGCACCUCUUGCAAUGGAGCCCAUCCUUUUGGGAUGCGGAUGAGGACACUGCAGUGGCCAGCCAAGGCCAUCGUCUUACAAAUAAACUUCUCUGGCUAGUUCAGCAGUAGGACCCUCUCUUUGAUACUAACUCUCCCUGGGUACAGGAUCCUAAGAAUCGGAAGGGACUCGCGGCAUCAUCCAGACUCACCUCCCAAACCCACAUCACUCACUUCCAAAAAUAUGAAUACAUUAGAUAAAUAAUAUUGAAAGUCUGGCAGUCCUUUUGGAAAAGCAAAAGCUGUUCCCUGAGUUGGGUGGGUGGAAUCAAGAGCAGAAAAAUACAAGGGAAGGGCAAUUAAUCCACUCCCCAUCAGGGUGUGUGACUUGUUCCCAAGUAGGUUUAAACCCUAAUACAGUACUUGGGGGGGGGGCAGGGGGAGGGGCAGGACAGUCAGGGAAGAAAUUAAAUACACAGGUUAAUUUUUAUAUUGUUUUAUUGUACACCAAUGCUUUAAAUUCUAUAUUUUAUGUUACCUGAAUUUGGGUACCAGGUAAGCAAUAACAUCUCUAAGCAGUUUAUGCAGAAUAUAAAACAUACGUUUAAGAAGUUUAUAAAUGUGAGCAGUUAGAAACAGGUUCUUCUAUAUCUGCAGCUGGAGGCAGUGAUGCUUCGAAUACCAGUUGCUGGAAACCACUAGCCUGAUCCGGCUUCAGGGCUCUUCUGAUGUACUUACAUGCUUUCAAAAUUUCUAAAUACAAAGCAACUGCUACAGUUUCAUGAGCUGUAACCACCUGGACCUUUUCUGCAGGUGGAUCUUGGACAUUUAUAUGGAGACAACUUGGAACGCCAACAUGAACUGAGGCUCUUCCGAGACGGGAAGUUGAAAUACCAGGUAUGAAAGAGGAUAAAUGGUCCUACUGCCUUGGGAGAGCAAAACAGGAUGACCCUAGAGAGCUGCUGCCGAUAAAAAUAGUCAAUACUGGGCUAGAUGGGCAAACAGUCUGGCCUGCUCAUCAUCCCAGGUGGGGAACUCUGUCCGAUGCCACAGGAGGCAAAUCUGUGUCUUAUUUGUCUGGUUUUAGAAUGUCUCUAAUCCCCUUCAGAAUAAAUAUUUCAUGGGCAGAUUAUGAAGCAUGCAGAUGAGGGUGAUGGGACCAAGAGAAGGGCAGGUUCGUGUGGGAGGACAUGAUAUUUCAGAUAGCUUGGGCCUGCGAGGUGUUUGAGAUGCACCCCUGACACGCACCCUUCCUCUCUCACCUCCCUAGGUGGUGAAAGGGGAAAUUUAUCCCCCGACGGUACUGGACGCCCCCGUGCACAUGAUCUACCCAAAGCACAUCCCCGCAGAAAAGCAGCUGGCUGUGGGCCAGGAGGUGUUUGGGCUGCUCCCGGGACUCAUGAUGUACGCCACCAUUUGGCUCCGCGAGCACAACCGCGUCUGUGACCUUCUCAAGCAGAUUCACCCCACCUGGGAUGAUGAGCAGCUGUUCCAGACCGCAAGGCUCAUUCUUAUUGGUGUGUGAGGGGGGAGGGCUGUGGGGGAGGGCAACAGGGCAGUGGGGUGUUCCAACCAAGCGCCAUGCCAACAUUCUUCCAGUGUUAUUUCCUCCACACACACACACACACACACUAACCCAUUCUCCAUCGAUUAAUGAGGAAACAAUUUGCAUUUGAAAAUUAUAGACUUGUAAAAUGGUAGCAUUGGAAAGAUAUUGCAUACACACACACACACACACACACACACACACCGAUCAUAUUGUCCAACCCCCUGCAAUUCAGGAAUCCCGGCUAAAGAAUCCCUGACAGAGGGCCACCCAACCUCUGUUGAAAAACCUCCAGUGAAGUCCACCACCAAAGGAACAAGAGAGGCGAAAUCUGUGAAGCUGACUGUUUUACCACCAGUAUUUUAAAAAGCACAUAAGCAUCAGAUUUCCUGGAUUCUUGACCUGUUUGGACAGAUUAAGAAGCUGGUACAGCUCCAAAGUCCAGCAUGAUAAUACCACCUUGCAGAUUGAUGUUUGUAUGUUAAAAACUUUGUUGUGGAAUGGACCACCAAGCCCUUAUUAUCUUCAGGGCUUAGGUGGGAUUGGCAAGGUGAGAUGUUUGCGGCUUUUUAGUUUAAGAGAAGGUGAGUGACAUAAUAGAAGUAUACAAUGUUAGGCCUAGCAUGGAGAAAGUGGAGUGAAAAAAGUCUCUCCCCCCCCCCCCCCAAUAAUAAUAAUAAUUAUAUAUUUAUUCAUACCCUGCCUUUUGGCCUGUCAGAAUGCAUAGCACUAGAACUCUGGGACGUCCAGUGAAGCUGAGUGUUGGAAGAUUCAGGACAGACAAAGUCCUUCUUCAUGCACCAUAUAGUUAAACUAUGGAACCACAGGAGGCAGCGAUAGCCACCGACCUAGAUUGCUUUAAAAAUGGGAUAGACAGAUUCAUAGAGGAGACGGCUGUCAAUUGCUUCUAGCUAUGAUGGUUGUGCUCUGCCUCUGCAGUUAGGAGCAGCAGUGCUCCUGAAAACUAGAAGCUGGAAACCACAGGAAGGGAGAAGGAUCCUGUUCUUGAAUCCUGUUUGCUGGAUUCCCAUUGGGCAUCUGGUGGCCACUGGAAGGACAGGAUGCUGGGCUAGAUGGGGCCCCUUUGGCCUGAUCCUUAUGUUCUUAGAUCACGCGCUCAGUUGCCUGCAUCCUCACCCGUUGACUCCCUCCCUCUGCUCUUCCCAGGUGAGACCAUCAAGAUCGUCAUUGAGGACUAUGUCCAGCAUCUGAGUGGCUACUUCCUACAGCUGAAGUUCGACCCAGAACUCCUCUUUGGAGUCCAGUUCCAGUACCGGAACCGCAUUGCAGUGGAAUUCAACCAGCUCUACCAUUGGCAUCCACUGAUGCCAGAUACCUUCAAGAUCCAGGAUCAAGAGUACAGCUACAACCAGUUUGUCUACAACACCACUAUGCUGAUAGACUAUGGAGUGGAGGCCCUUGUAGAUGCCUUCUCCAGGCAGCAAGCUGGGCAGGUGGGUGCAUUGGCCACACACAUCCCAAAGGGCCAAGCCAAUCUAGAAGAGCAGGAUGGUUCUUGGUCCACCAGGAUGGGAAAGCGAGCAAACCUAGGGAACUGACAUACCUCAAGUAGCCGUACCAUGCCAGCUGGAACUGUCAGCUUUUAGUUCUAAUAGAUCAGUGGUUCCCUAGCUUUUCUGGGCCACUGCCCCCUGGUUUUGCAGACUUGCCCCAGUGUCCCCCUAUCCUAUAAAAAGUAUUACAGUCGUACCUCUGGAUGCAAAUGGGAUCCGAUCCGGAGCCCCGUUCGCAUCCUGAAGCAAACGCAACCUGCAUCUGCGCAUUUGCGUGUGCGAGGGUCGCGAUUCACCGCUUCUGCGCAUGCACGUGACAUCAUUUUUAGCAUCUGUGCAUGUGCAAGCGGCGAAACCUGGAAGUAACGGAAUGCGUUACUUCCGGGUCGCCGCGGAGCAUAACCUGAAAACGCUCAACCUGAAGCAUAUUUAAACCGAGGUAUGACUGUAUUCAGAAUAGUGGUUUACAUGACCCACUGUGGAAGUUACCAACACAAUAAAAUUCAAAACAGUGACAAUUAAGCACACAUUUGUUGAAAAGCGAAUUAAAACUAUUUAGUGUAAUUAAGUCAACAGAACUGAUGAACUUGAUCCAGUGAUAUCAGCUUAGCAAGAGACUUAGAUAUCACCUUUAGUAACUAUUUCACUGUUCAGUAAAUUCUCAAUGUGACGGAUGGGCUUGAUGAAGUGAAACCAGUUUCCCAAUACCUGGUUUAAAAUUGUUUAGCAGGAAUCAUUCACACACACACACACACACACACACACACACAGAGUGCUUUUUUCUGGGGGACGCAGGGGUACGCUUUGUGAAUCUAAGUUUGGCCUCAUUGAGGGGCAGUAUUUCAAUAUGAGUAGGAAAAAAAGUACCCCUAAACAUUUUUUUUUAAAGGAAAAACAGCACUGUACACACACACACUCUUCACCUACCACAGAUUCAUGGUCACUAACUAAUCAGAAAAUAAAUAGCUGUUGCCAGUAAUUAGCUAAACAAACGUGAACAAAGGAAACAAAUUUGUCAAUGAGAGGAGCAGUAAAACUUUAAAUAUGAAGUGAGGAAGGUGUUUUGCUUAAGGAAGGUGUAACCUGGCCAAUGGUAAGUAAACACUCUGCAUGCUCAGAGGCACCCACCUCCAUCGCACUCUUGCCUCUUAGCACCCCACUAGGUAAUCCUUCCCCAGGGGGUGAUAGCACCCACUUGGGAACCACUGUUGCAGAGAGUCUGGAUCAGGGUUUGAACAGUGCAUUUGUUGUUGUCUUUCUUUGUUUUUUUGCUGUGCUGAUUUGUGGCCUCUUUCUUCUCCUCCCUCCCAUAAAAGGCUGUUUUCAUAUAAAUGCCUGGCCAGCAUGGCUGAGGAUUUAAAGGGUUACUGCUCAUUCAAAGUCUUCCUGCUCACAGGCUAUUUUAUUGUUUCCUGUUCAGUGCAGCUGAGGGAUUUGUGAUCAGCUGCACCUUAAGAGAAGGAAAAUUAUAGCUCCAUAAAGAAAGAAGAGGGGAGAAGUAAACAAUGAAGGGUAAUUAAAACCACUAAUGGGGAACAGGAACUGACUAAUCAAGGGGCAAUUCACCACAAAUCCCUCAGCCUUGUUGACCAGAAAGGAAGGACAUGGCAAGGCCGGCAGUGAAAGAACUUAUUAACAUUCCAGGGGACCCUUAACUGAAGGAGACUUACAUGUGAGUAGACAUUACAGAAGGGUCAUGGUCCCACGGAGAGACUUAAUGGGAUCACAGUGCUAUAUUAAGUGCUGCCCCAAACCACCAUUUUAAUUACCGUACCCUUCCUGCUGACUGUAGAAAAGCAGAGCCUCAGUCCUGCAGCUGUGGAAGCAACUUUGGUGUCAGAAGUGGGAUUUGGACUUUGACCCCUGUCCUCCCAAUGGAUGGUCUGCAGGCUAGAUCUGACCCCCAGCCACCCCAACAAGUCUUCACCCCUGUUACGUAUGAUUGCAUGCAAACGGGAACUUCUCGAGGGAGCGUGGGAAAUCUGCAGGCUCUGCUCCCACCUAGGUGGCUUGGCCCCUCCCCUCCUGCUAACCAAGCCUCUCCAUUGGCUUUUCAGAUUGGUGGGGUACCGAACAUCCACAAGCAGCUUCUUAAAGUGGCCAUUGGAGUCAUUGAGGAGUCAAGGCUGCUGCGCCUCCAGUCCUUCAACGAAUACCGGAAGAGGUUUGGCAUGAAGCCCUACACCUCCUUCCAGGAGCUGACAGGUAGGGCAGGCAACCUGCCGGAAUGAGGGCAGGGGGCUCCCAGAGGGGUCACCAUGCGGGGCACUUUAGAUGCCACCCCCACCCUGCAAAGGCCAUGGUGUUUCCCUGUGAGGACAAGGCUAAAAAGUGUGUGUGUGUGUGUGUGUGUGUGUGUGUGUGUGUGUGUUUUAAUUUGGGGAGGGGGAGUGGUAGAGGGUGAAGGGAGAUGUUGGUUUCUGAAAGAGUAUGCAUGGAGUAGAGCCUGUUUUUCCUAGAGUGCUUGAAUUCAGUGUUGUCCACUGAAAUGGACACAUAGAAGAUUCAGAACUGUUUAUUAAUUAUUAUAUUUGAAUGUAUCACUCACCUUUCACCCUGAGGUGCCAGACAUCCCCACCCCGCAGCAUACAGAACUCACUGCCACAAGAUGCAUCACUGCAGGGAUGACCACUUAGCCUUAGAGGCUCAAUUCAGUGAGGGGAAGGAGCCAGGGCAGUUAAGCAGAAAGUCCAUAUUCAGAGGCAGUCUCACCCUAAAGCCGAGGGGCAGGGGUGGGGUGGGGGGAUGAGGUGGAAGAGGGAAAUUGUCUGUUGUGAAAAUAACAUGGGAAGGAAGAGAGCCCUUGUAUCUUCUUGAGCUCCUUGAAGGAAAAUAAGAUAUAAUUUUUGAAAUACAGUGGUACCUCUGGUUGCGGACUGGAUCCAUUCCAGAGCCAUGUUUGCCACCUGAAAGGAACGCAACCUGCGUCUGCGCAUGCGUGGGUUGCGAUUCGCCACUUCUGCGCAUGCGCGUGACGUCAUUUUGCGUGUUUGCGCAUGCGCGAAUGGCGAAACACGGAAGUAACCUUUUCCGGUACUUCCGGGUCACCGCGGAACGUAUCAUGAAGCAAACGUAACAAGAGGUAUGACUGUAAAUGAAAUACAGAAUCACGGCCCACUUUUGAGCAGAAGAGGAGCCCCGCUGGAUCAGGCCCAUGGCCCAUCUAGCACAGCAUCUCAUUCUCACAGUGGUCAACUAUGUUCUCCAAUGGGAAACCCAUAAGCAGAACCAACCACGAGAGUCACUCUUCCCUCCCGUAGUUUCCAGCAAUUGAGAUUUGGAAGCAUUUCUGUCUCCAGCUGUGGAGGAAGAGCCGAGCAAUCAAGGCUGGGAGCCAUUAAUUGGACAAAUUCAUGGAGGAGGCCAAGGCGAUCCUCUUUCAAAGCCACCCAUGGUGGUGGCUGCUACUGCCUCCUGCAGGAAGGAGUCCCAUAGAUUAACUGUGCACUGUGUGAAGGAGGACCUUUGUCUGCCCUUAAUCUUCCAUAUUCAGUUCUUCCUCUCUCUCUCUCCCUCUCUCAGGUGAAGAAGAAACUGCUGCCAAACUGGAGACCCUGUACAGAGACAUUGACGCUCUUGAGUUCUACCCAGGUCUGCUGGUGGAGAAGAGCCAGCACAACUCGAUUUUCGGCGAGAGCAUGGUGGAGAUCGGGGCCCCAUUCUCCUUGAAGGGUCUUUUUGGGAACCCCAUCUGCUCCCCAGAGUACUGGAAGCCCAGCACCUUUGGUGGUGAGGCUGGCUUCCAGCUGGUGAACACGGCCUCACUCCAGAAACUGGUGUGUCUCAACGUGAAGAGAUGUCCCUAUGUGGCCUUCCGGGUUCCCGGCGGUGGAGAGGACGCCGUUGUGCUUGCAAAGGAGAAGGGGCCAUUGGAUGAGCUCUAG